GAGGUUUGUUCUAUCUACUGUACUGAACUCCCCUUCACACACACUCCUUACCCGUCGGACCAGUAUGAGAAGGGGGGAGGGGAGUGGGUGAGGAAAGGAGAAAGGGAGGUGGUGUUUGACAAACGUACGCCCCUAACAGGAUGUGGAGGUCUGCUGGCUUGUGGGUGUGUCGGCUUGGCCCAGUCACAACACACACACACACACACACACACACACAGUUGUGGGAGGGUUCCUGCUUGAGGGCAAAGUCUCCCUUCCCUCCCCCAUUCCUCCCACCCGUUCCUCCCCCCUCUCUUACCCCUCAACCUUUCCCUCCCUUGCGCACCCCCUCCACAUCCUUACCUUCUGACAACAGCCUACACCCUUCUUUAAAGAAGAGAGAGAAGUGUUAUUAAAGCACGGAGGACUUGGCCAAUGAGAAUGAGAACACAUUAGGUGUUUUUGUGUUAAUGUUUUCACAUGGGGUGGUUGUUGGGUCUAUGUGUGUUGUAUGGUGGUGUGUUGAGUGGGUAUGUGUAUUGUUGGGCUCUUUGAGUAUGUGUGUCAUUUUUUUUGGUCAGUCAGAGAGGGCCAAAGGAUGUCCUGGAAGCCACUAUCUGUCCUUCACCACCAUCUGUCCCCUUCUCCAUCCCUCUAUUUCACACUGUCACUUCUGCUCUCCUUCAUAUAUUGGAGCUAUGUGUGUGUGUGUGUGUGUGUGUGUGUGUGUGUGUGUCUGUGUGUGUCUGUGUGUUAUAGUAUCUUUUUUUGACAGCACACGCUCACAUGCAAAACCCAAAUUAUACCCAGUGUUUUUCUUGGUUUAAACUCAUUGCCAUCUACACAAUGUGGCUCUUUUAAUCAAUCAACCUCCUUCAACCCCCAUAUCCCGUCUUAACCUGCCUUCCUCCCUUCUCAGCGUAACCAAUCUUUCUUCUGCCCUUAUGCCCCCUCUCAUCCCAUUUGUCCCUCCUCUCACAUCUUUCCCUCUUUACCCCUGCUACCCUCACACUGCAUGGGCAUGCUAUGAGGGAGUGAGGCCUACAUCUAGCCCACAGGCCUACUACACACUAACAAUUAGGGUUCCUCAGGGGUGAUGGUUCCAUGUGGAACCAUACUGACCCAAAGAACCCUUUGAGCCCUUCAAUGGUUCUUUGCAGUUCAAAAAAUGGUUAUUUCCUCUUUUAGUGAUAAUUAAAAUAUAUGGGCGGCAACCACACCCCGAAUAUUUUGGGGUGUGGUUUGCCCACAGCUCUUUUUGUGCAACCGUGAGUGAGAGCGUCAUUCCAGUUGAUCUAAUCUGUUGUGUUAUUAUUACAUGUUGUAUGGCCUUGUGUCAAUUGAGAACAGGUGAAUAAGUCAGUAGUUCUAAUAUCUUUCCUCAGAGCUAGCACAUCUGAUUCAAGUUGUUGAUAAACACAAUAAUAAAACCUGUGUAAUCUUUACAAUAUAAAAUGGCUAUUAUACCAGUAUGGUUCUACAAAGAACCUUUUGAAAUUGAGAAAGGUUCUUUACAGAACCAUUCUCCAUAAAGGUUCUAUAAAUAACCAUUAAAACGUGUUCUAUUAUAGCCCCCAAAAGGUUUGUAACCAUAGCGGAAUCCUUUUUUGGUGCUAUAUAGAAUAUUUUUUGAAUGGUUCUUUAUAGAACCUUAGGAAAGGGUAAUAGCACCAUAUAAGUUCCAUUUAGAACCUUAUGAGCAUGGUUCUUUAUAGAACCUUCAAAAAAAGGUUCCAUAUUGCACCACAAAGGGUUCCGCUGUAUUUAUAAGCCAAAGAACCCUUAUUUGGCACUAUAUAGAACCAUUUGUUUUUAGAGUGUAUACCUCAGGGCCAACAUGUGGUUGCGGGAAUCCCGAGACAGCAGGAGUGAGAAAGAGAAGUGCAAGUGAGAGGUCUGUGUGUUUUACUUCUCCAGGGUAGAUUGGUAGGUUGGUAUUUGUGUGUAUGUGUGUGUGUGUGUCUGUGUGACACUAAAACGUCUGACUGCUUUCUUUCACAGGGACACCGAAUAGCAAACUAAAGUGAAGGAUUUUCUUUUCUUUAGAGAAAAAAACUGAGAAAUCAUCAGGAGACAGACUAAGGGGUUUGUGUGUGUGGUUGUUUGUGUGUGUUUGUGUGUGUUUGUGUGUGUGUGUAUAAUGGUCUCAGAGGCUGGCUGUGUCAUUCUUUGUCGCCGCCCCAGUGUGGCGGUUAGACUUUUUGGCCUUCCCUGAGUUCCCUUGACCUCGAACGCAUCCACGCUCAAGGUUUUGUGUGUGUUUAUUAGCUGGAGGGAAGACAUGGGAGAGAGGGGAGAUAUGAGGGCAGAGGGGGAUGUGAUAGUUUUUGGGUGUCCCGCACUAUCUCUACCCUCUCCCCCUUCAUCCCCUCUACCCUCGCUCCCCGAGCCCAGAUAAGUGGAGCCUGAGUCUGUGGGGGUUAGAGAUUCCUGUCUGGCAUGCACACACACACACACACACACACACACACACACACACACACACACACACACACACACACAACACACAGAUCUGCCCGCUCUACAUUCCUGUGUCGGACUGAGGAAGCAGCCUAGCCGUCUUCCCCUCCAUUUCCAAAUUAUCCCCUUCUCCUAGAGUCUCCUAAAAUCACAGUAUACUUAUCACACACCUCUCUACCUCUCUCUACCAAGGUCUCAUUCUCUCUCUUAUUCCCCUAUCUAGCCCUCUCUUGUUCUCUCCUUAGUUUCCCUUCCCCAUUAUUCUCUCUAGUUAUCUCUCUUUUCCACCGCUUUCUCUUUUGCCCUCUCUCUACAGCAUCUUUUUCCUUCUAGUGUAUUACCUGUAUUCUUCCCACUCUCACUUCUCUUCUCACUCUGUUCAGUCUCGUUUAUCAUUUAUCUCAUGUAUCACUUUUUCUCUCUUUUUAACCCCCUGACUCUUCAUUCCCUUAUCCUUCCUUUUUCCCUCUCAUCUUUUUUAGUUGUCUUCCUUUCCUCCCUUCUAUUUUCCUCCCCCUCUCUCUCUCUCUCUCUCUCUCUCUCUCUCUCUCUCUCUCUCUCUCUCUCUCUCUCUCUCUCUCUCUCUCUCUCUCUCUCUCUCUCUCUCUCUCUCUCUCUCUCUCUCUCUCUCUCUGGGGUGUGUUCUAGGGCUUAGGAUGGGGUCAUGUGGGCUCAUGCUGUCCUUCUCUCUAAUGGCCCCUUAAUGAGAGAGCGAGAAAGAGGGGGGGUAGAGGGGAUAGGAGAAAACGGGGAAGUCAGGACGAACUCCCGAUCUAUUCAGGGCCAGAGCUCUCUAUAUGUGUGUGUGUAUAUGUGUAUGUGUGGUAUGUGCGUGUGACCUACCACUCACUCCGUUCAGGGCCUGAGCUCUUCCCCCUCUCAGGGGAAACAGGAAAUGACACGUUUGCAGCCUUGAAUAAGCGCAGGGGCCUGUGACACGCUCUGUCCACUGGCUCCUGGGGGAGACCAGGGGGAGGAGGGGGGAGGCAGGGGGGAGACCUAUUUCAUUUGCACAGCUUCUGCUGAUUUGAUCAAAAGCAAUUAAUAUCAAUGGUCCUGCUUUCAUCUGGCAGGAGGGGAAAAGAGCAGAGGAGCAGCUCCCAUCCCUCUCUCUAUCUCUUCCUCUAUCCCUCUCUCUAUUCUCAUUCUUUCCUUCUCUGUCGCUGUCUCUAUCUCUCCCUCUGUCGAUCUCUCUAUUCUCCCUCUAUCCCUCUAUAUCUUUCUCCAUCUUUCUAUCAAUCAUCUAUUUCUUUCUUUUUCGAUCCCUGUCUUCAACCCACAUAGGCAUAUUCUUAGAAUUACUGUAUGUCAGACACAUUGACUAUUAUCAAGAAUACAUCUUUGUAUUGAGGUUUUGUUGAGUGUUUAUACUGUAUGUAGGAACAGUCAAGUGUUACUGUAAGUGGUAUUAAUGCUGCCAAUGGAAAGAUGAGAUUAGAGUGUAUCCUCAUAUGGCUCCCAGUCGAGGGCUGGUCAUGGUCCGUCUGGUGACCUCAUAGUCCUCAAAAACACCCAGGUUUUACUCACCUUAGCUCCGACACCUAUAGAUCUCCACUGAUCCGCUAAUACUAAACUGAUGCUAAGCUAGCUCUACUAUAGCUUGGCCUGAUUUUACAGUAAUAGGGGCGGCAGGUAGCUUAGUGGUUAAGAGCGUUGUGCCAGUAACCGAAAGGUCGCUGGUUCUAAUCCCCGAGCCGACUAGGUGAAAAAUCUGUCGAUGUGCCCUUGAGCAAGGCACUUAACCCUAAUUGCUCCUAUAAGUCGCUCUGGAUAAGAGCGUCUGCAAAAUGUAAAUGUCUUGACUAGGAGUUAGACGUCUCCUUUGGCCCCUAGCAACCCCGAACACUCAACUACAACCCAAUCUCUAUCUGAUUCUCCUGUCUCUCUGUGCUCUCUUCCUUCCCCUCUCUAUGUCUUCCUCUGUAUACUGUACUCAAUUGUUAGAGGAAGUGUUGCCAAGGCGACAGGAGGCACAAAGGCAGCGUCAAUGUGAGUGAGUGAGGCUGCAGCAGUACUAAUGUUAGGGGACUGGAGAGCUGCGCACAUAGAAACAAUACAAGGUGAUCUACUGAUGUACAACACUUAUUCCCUCACUCCCCUUUGAGGAUCUGUCACAGAUAUUACACCCAUACCAUCUCCCUCAGACCUGGAAGACACUCUGCUGUGUCAGAACAAGAGAACACUCAGCACUGUCUGUCACAGGGCUUAUGUUCCUCCAGUAGUCCGGAUGAGUUUGUACAGGAGUCAGUUUCUUAGUAGUACUCCGUGUGUCUGUCCGUAAGCAGGGUGAGUUGGCUGUGGUAGUAGUGUUUCUGGCUGUAAACUGGUGGCACCACUCCCUGUUUUCUCUCUCUCAGUUCAGUUCAAGUCAAAGGGCUUUAUUGGCAUGGGAAACAUGUUUACAUUGCCAAAGCAAGUAAAAUAGACAAUAAACAAAAGUGAAAUAAUCAAUCAAACUUAACAGUAAACAUUACACUCACAAGUUUCAAAGGAAUAGACACAUUUCAAAUGUCAUAUUGUGGCUAUGUACAGUGUUAUAAUGAUGUGCAAAUAGUUAUAUUUACAAUGGUGUUUGAUCUUCACUGGUUGCCCCUUUCUUGCUGAUGUGAUGGCACACUGUGGUAUUUCACCCAAUAGUUAUGGGAGUUUAUCCAAAUUGGAUUUGUUUUGGAAUUCGUUGUGAGUCUGUGUAAUCUGAGGGAUAUAUGUGUCUCUAAUAUGGUUAUACAUUUGGCAGGAGGUUAGGAAGUGCAGCUCAGUUUCCACCUCAUUUUGUGGGCAGUGUGUACAUAGCCUGUUUUCUCUUGAGAGCCAGGUCUGCCUACGGUGGCCUUUCUCAAUAGCAAGGCUAUGCUCACUGAGUCUGUACAUAGUCAACGUUUUCCUUAAUUUAGGGUCAGUCACAGUGGUCAGGUAUUCUGCCACUGUGUACUCUCUGUUUAGGGCCAAAUAGCAUUCCAGUUUGUUUAGUUGUUUGGUACAUUCUUUCUAAUGUGUAAAGUAAUACUCUUUUAGUUUUCUCAUGAUUUGGUUGGGUCUAAUUGUGUUGCUGUUGCUGUCCUGGGGCUUUGUGGGGUCUGUUUGUGUUUGUGAACAGAGCCCCAGGACCAGCUUGCUUCUCUAGGUUAAUCUUUCUGUAGGUGAUGGCUUUGUUAUGGAAGGUUUGGCAGGUGGUUGUAGAAUUUAACGGCUCUUUUCUGGAUUUUGAUAAUUAGCAGGUAUCGGCCUAAUUCUGCUCUGCAUGCACCAAUUGGUGUUUUACGUUGUACACAGACAAUGUUUUUGCAGAAUUCUGCAUGCAGAGUCUCAAUUUGGUGUUUGUCCCAUUUUGUGAAUUCUUGGUUGGUGAGCGGACCUCAGACCUCACAACCAUAAAGGGCAAUGGGUUAUAUAACUGACCAUUAUUAUUGUCUUACUGAGAUUUACUGUCAGGGCCCAGGUCUGACAGGAUCUGUGCAGAAGAUCUAGGUGCUGCUGUAGGCCCACGUUGGUUGGGGACAGAAGCACCAUAUCAUCAGAAAACAGUAGACAUUUGACUUCAGAUUCUAGUAGGGUGAGGCCGGGUGCUGCAGACUGUUCUAGUGCCCUCGCCAAUUCGUUGAUAUAUAUGUUGAAGAGGGUGGGGCUCAAGCUGCAUCCCUGUCUCACCCCAUGGCCCUGUGGAAAGAAAUGUGUGUUUUUUGCCAAUUUUAACUGCACACUUGUUGUUUGAUACAUGGAUUUUAUAAUGUCGUAUAUUUUUCCCCCAACACUGCUUUCCAUCAAUUUGUAUAGCAGACCAUCAAAAGCUUUUUUGAAAUCAACAAAACAUGAGAAGACUUUGCCUUUGUUUUGUUUUGUUUGUCAAUUAGGGUGUGCAGGGUGAAUACAUGGUCUGUCGUACGGUAAUUUGGUAAAAAGCAAAUUUGACAUUUGCUCAGUACAUUGUUUUCACUGAGGAAAUGUACAAGUCUGCAGAGGUUUUCCCAAGGUUGCUGUUGACGCAUAUCCCAAUGUAGUUAUCAGGGUCAUAUUUGUCUCCACUUUUGUGGAUUGGGGUGACUAGUCCUUGGUUCCAAAUAUUGGGGAAGAUGCCAGAGCUGAGGAUGAUGUUAAAGAGUUUAAGUCUCUCUCUCUCGCUCUCUCUCUCUCUCUCUCUCUCUCUCUCUCUCUCUCUCUCUCUCUCUCUCUCUCUCUCUGUCUCUCUCUCUCUCUCUCUCUCUCUCUCUCUGUCUCUGUCUCUGUCUCUGUCUCUCUGUCUGUCUCUCUCUCUCUCUCAUUCUCGCUCUCUGCUUUUUGGACAAACUGUGCGUGUCUGCUUCCCUUCCCCACCCUACAUUCCUCUUUCCCCAUGCAGCCUCUCCCCCGCUCCCUCUCUCCUUUACCUCCUACUCACUCACUCACUCACUCACUCUCUCCCUUCCCCUAUACUCCUCCCUCCUACUCUCCCCUAUCCCUCUCUCUCUUGCUUUCUAUCUCUAUCUCACUCUCUCUACCUUCUCAUAUUCUGCUCUCCCUCCUACUCUCAUUCACCCUUCCCCUAUCCCUCGCUAUUCUGCUCUCCCUUCAUCCUACUGUCUCUCCCUUUUCUCUAGAUGUUCUAUUACACCCUUUUCUUCCCUCCCUUUCUUUCUUAUUUUCUCUUUCAACUCUCUCUCUCGCAUUCCCCUUACUCUCUCUCUCUUUCUCUCUCUUUCUCUCUCCCUUUCGCUCUCUCUCUCCACCUCUCCCUCCCUCCCACUCUGCUCAGUCCUGUUCCGCUAAGCUGCUUAACUCCCCAGAUUACCUUGAGCCCUGCAAUCCUCCAAACCUACCCCCUCUCCUCCUCGCCCACCUUAAUCAGUCACUCAAUCAGUCACUCAUAUACUCCCUAACCUCUCCCCAUUCCAAACUUACCCCCUCCCACACUCACUAACCCCCAAGUCACCUCUCCUCUCUCCAACGUCCACCUCUUCCCGUUUUUCAUCCAUCCACCCACCCACACUCACUCAUACACCCGCUGCACCCCUCCUACUCUCCCCCCUCAAUCAUCCACCCACUCUCCAUCCACCUCUCCUCUCCUCCCCCUCCCCAAACACAUACACAAUGACUACUCCCCCCCCACCUCAACCCCCCCACCACUACCAUCAUCACCACCAUAUUUUCUCUACCCUACUCUCCUCUCUCUUGUCAUUCUCUUUCUGCCUCCUUCCCUCCUCUCCAGCCUUCAGGCUCUGUUUGAUUUAUUCCUCCCCUCCCUCCCUCCUCCCUCUCUUCUUCCCUCCCUAUCUCCUUGGAGGUUGUGGCCCAGCUAGUCCCUAAAAACAACAGAGAGCGAGAGAGAAGGAGAGAAAGAGAGAGAGAGGGUAAUAGAGGGAGGGAGAGAGAGAAUAACAACCUCUUUUACUUUCCAUCCUCCCUUUUUUACCCAGCAUUUUUUUCAUUCCCCUCUCCCACACUGCUUUUUAAAUUGCCUCUGAAUUCUUGAACUGCUUUAAUGUCUCACUCCCCUUCUCCACUGAAAUUACUUUUUACCCUCUCAAACUCUGGCAUGUUGAGGAAGCAAGUUCAACCUCCCCUCCCUCUUUGUCCACUCGCCGACUCACACACAUACAUUACACUAUUGUGUACACGUUUGGUAUUUUUGUCAACAUGGCCCUUGUGAAAUCUAUUGUGAAUGUGUUUGUGAUCUCGCUACUCGUCCUAGGCUAGCCAUUGGUUGUUUGUCCUAUCCCCAGGCUGGCCUAGCUCUGAAUAGACAUGAGUGUGAGGACAAAGUGCUAAGACACCCAGGCAUGCUAGCAGCAUUGUUGUAUGCGACAUGAGUAGUGACUCAAAAUGAACACCCAGAGCUGGGAUUGAACCCACAGUUUAUGGAGCAGGAGUUCACUGCUUAGACCACUGUGCCAUCUGUCCACAAUGAGUUAGCAAAGCGAGUCUUAAUUAAUAGCUAAACUUAACCGUGGAGUUGUUUUUCUGUUUCAACCCUAUCCCAAACCUUAAUCCUUAAUUUAACCAAUCGGAAUUAAUGCAAAUUAACCCUAUCCCAAACCUUAAUCCUUAAUUUAGCCAAUUGGAAUGAAUGCCUGAAUUGUUAACCAAUCAGAAUGAAUGCCUGAAGUUAAUGAAAUGUGGAAAAACGUCUAAUUCUGCAGUGAGACUGUGAGAGCUUGUUGGACAGUGAACCUGAUUCUGUCGCAGUGGGAUGGCUAAGGUCUCGGAGGUAGAUGUCUCAUAUCCCCGCCCCAACCUAAACCAUUUGGGGAUAAAACAAAUGUGUUAGUGGGAAACUGCCUACUCCUACUGACCUAUUCACACUGUGUGUGUGUGUGUGUGUGAAUAAAACCUGAUAUUUAUAGAAAAUGGACACCCCAAACUCCCUAACACAAAAGAGUGUUGGGUUUCCUGAUGGGAGUGGCUACACACACACAAACACACAUACUCUCCCUCCCUCAGCUGCAGAACAGAAGGUCAAAGGUUACAUGGAGUCAACUGACCCUUCCUCCCUUUUCUGCCCUCCCUUUUUUCUGCGGUGAAACACGCACACUAAUAACACACUCCCCUCAUAAAACACACACACUCCAGUCAGAUAUACUGUUCAGGCUGAAACUUAAGGUUACUUGCGUAACCCCGGUUCUCUGAUAUUAUGAGGGAGCUAUCACACUAGUAGAGUUUACCAGAAUCUUUUAAGUAGCUCGAAGAACCAAUCAUACAUGUGUGUCGGAGACAGACGGGUCGAGUGGCGAAUGAGGGAGCCCCUCACCUCAUACUAAAGAGCCACCCGCCUGCCCUCUGAUUAUUCCCGAGCAUGCCGAACUUCUUCACACUCUUGCGAGUAUGGGUAUGUGGUGAGAUGUCUCACUCAUAAUAUCAGAGAACCUGGGUUACGCAAGUAACCUUAAUUUCUCUUUCAAUUAUUAGUUUCAACUUCUCAUUAGUGGGAUGUGGCCAGCUCCCGUAUCGCACAUGCUUUCCGUAACCAGGUAGUCUCAAUAUCAUUGCUCAGAGGCCUUUACACUGAGGACAGUAUGCGCCAAUGAGGGUGCAGUGACGUCUAGCCGCAUUGCAAAUCUCCUGCUAGGAGAUGCCUUUGAACAGUGCCCAAGAGGUAGCCAUACCUCUGGUGGAGUGAGCCCUUAGGACCCCGGAGGCUGUAACCCCUUGCUAUUAUAGGAUAAUAUAAUAGAAUCCACAAUCCAAUGUGAUAACCGUUGACGAGAGAGGGGCCUCCCAUGCAGGGAGGUGCCCAGGACACAAAGAGUUGGUCGCUCUUGCGCAAAGCUCUCAUGCUAUACAAGUAUAUGUGCAAUGCGCAUACUGGACACAAAUGGUGCAGCCGCUCCUCUUCCAUAGAAAUGAAAGGUGGCAGGUGGAAAGCCACAAGCUCCAAGGCGAGACAAUUGUAAUUGCCACUAACUUUGGGCAUAAAGGCGGGGUUGGGCAACAAGGUGACCUUGGAAAAGCCCCGGGCAAACUGCAAGAACGAAUGGUGAACUGACAGUGUAUGUAGCUCACUCACUCGUUUUGCAGACGCAAGGGUGACCAGUAAAGCAGUCUUAAAGGAGAGCUAUUUCAUCUCUUCUUCUUUCCAGCAGCUCAAAGGUGGACGUGACGUGCCCCCUUCAUGAAACGACAUAACAGGGGGUGUUUUCUCACCGUGUUCUUGUCAAAGCCUAUAUGACAGGCCAAGAUAGCAACUAGAUAGACCUUAACAGUGGAUAAAGCUUUCCCUCUGUCCAAAAUGUCCUGCAAGAAGCAUAAAACCUGGGACACAGAGCAUUGGUAAGGAUUGUUUUUUCAUUCCAGCGUGUAGAAUGGGCCCUAGCACUCUGGAUUGUCUCAAUGACUCCAAGUGACAAGCCAGUCACAUCCAGAUUCAGACUCUCACGUGCCAGGGCCAGAGGGCCAUGGUUUCGGGGUGAGGGUGGAAAAUCUCAGUUCGCUAGCAUCAGCAGAUCCCUGCGUAAUGGGAGUUGCCAAGGCUUGUUCUAUAGUAGGAGAGUGAUCUCCGCCAUCCAGAGCUUGCCUUGCCAUCAAGGGGCUACAAAGAUGAGGGAUAAUCCUCAUUCAGACGUGGGCAGUAUAGGAGUAUCAUGGCAAAAACUGUCAGACUGGCCAAUAGCUUCUACCCCCAGACCAUAGCCACUUGGAAGCUACCUGCUCCCCCUGUACCCCUCCUGCCCCCCGGACUUCCUUCCCCUCUCCCACUUGCUGCUCCCCCUAUGAAUAUUUUCCCUGCCCCACCCCACAAUGGACAUUUGUCAUACUUACAGUUGAAGUCGGAAGUUUACAUACACUUAGGUUGGAGUCAUUAAAACUUGUUUUUCAACCACUCCACACAUUUAUUGUUAACAAACUAUAGUUUUGGCAAGUCGGUUAGGACAUCUACUUUGCGCAUAACACAAGUAAUUUUUCCAACAAUUGUUUUCAGACAGAUUAUUUCACUUAUAAUUCACUGUAUCAGAAUUCCAGUGGGUCAGAAGUUUACAUACACUAAGUUGACUGUGCCUUUAAACAGCUUGGAAAAUUCCAGAAAAUUAUGUAAUGGCUUUAGAAGCUUCUGAUAGGCUAAUUGACAUAAUUUGAGUCAAUUGGAGGUGUACCUGUGGAUGUAUUUCAAGGCCUACCUUCAAACUCAGUGCCUUUUUGCUUGACAUCAUGGGAAAAUCAAAAUAAAUCAGCCAAGACCUUAGAAAAACAAUUGUAGACCUCCACAAGUCUGGUUCAUCCUUGGGAGCAAUUCCCAAAUGCCUGAAGGUACCACGUUCAUCUGUAGAAACAAUAGUACGCAAGUAUAAUGUCACGCCCUGGCUCUGGGGACUCUGAAAUGUUGAGCCAGGGUGUGUAGUUUCUGUGUUAUAUUUUCUAUGUUGAUGUUCUAGAUCGUUUAGAUCUAUGUUGGCCAGGGUGGUUCCCAAUCAGAGGCAGCUGUAUCUCGUUGUCUCUGAUUGGGGACAAUACUUAGGCAGCCUGUUUGGCACUAGUCGGUGUGGGAUCUUGUUCCGUUAAGGUUUGUUUUGUGUAACCUAGGACUUCACGUUUCGUUUGUUGGUUGUUUUGUCGUGAGUUAAGUACUUAAUAAAAUGUACGCUUCUCACGCUGCGCCUUGGUCCGUAUCUUCCAUAAACGAUCGUGACAGAAGAUCCCACCAAAAGAGGACCAAGCAGCGUGUCCAGGAACAGACAGCCUGGACCUGGGAGGAGAUCCUGGACGGGAAGGGAUCCUGGACUUGGGAGGAGAUUCAGGCCGGAAUGGAUCGCCGUCCUUGGGAGGAGACUGUGGAGGCGCGCUAUAGAGAGGAGCAGCGGCAACGCAGAGGGUACCGGCCGAGGAGGAAGCCCGAGAGACAGCCCCAAUCAUUUUUUUGGGGGGGGCUAAAAGGGUCGUUGGCGGAGCCUAGUGUUAGAGCAGAGCCAACUCCCCAUACUCAGGCUAGGAAGCGUGUGACUGGGCAGGCUCCGUGUUAUGCGGAGCCACGUACUGUGCCGCGAGUGUUCCGGCACAGUCCUGUACGUCCUGUGCUAGCACCACGCACGUGUCGUGCAAAGAUGGGCAUUCAGCCAGGACGGGGUGUGCCUGCUCAACGCUUGUGGUCUCCAGUACGCCUCCUCGGUCCCGUAUAUCCUGCGCCAGUGCCCCGUACGUCCUGUGCUGAUGCCUCACACGUAUUGUGUGGAAGUAGGCAUUCAGCCAGGACGGGUUGUGUCAGCUCUCCGCUCCAGACCUCCAGUCCGCCUCCACAGUCCGGCCCGGCCCGUUCCGGCCCGUUCCAGCUCCCCGCACCAAGCCAGUGGUGCGUGUUCCCAGUCCGGUCCGGCCUGUUCCUGCCCCUCGCGCCAAGCCAGUGGUGCGCGUCGCCAACCCGGUCCGGCCUGUUCCUGCCCCUCGCACCAAGCCACUGGUGCGCGUCGCCAGCCCGGUCCGGCCUGUUCCUGCCCCUCGCACCAAGCCAGUGGUGCGCGUCGCCAGCCCGGUCCGGCCUGUUCCUGCCCCUCGCACCAAGCCAGUGGUGCGCGUCGCCAGCCCGGUCCGGCCUGUUCCUGCCCCUCGCACCAAGCCAGUGGUGCGCUUCGCCAGUCCGGUACGGCCCGUUCCUGCUCCCCGCACCAAGGUUGAGCCACAGCCUUGAAUGGGGCCCCUGGAGGCUCGGAGGUUGAGGUGUGUGAUGACACAGAUAUCAUGCCAAAGGUCUGGGUUAGGCUUGCCAAUCGAUAGGAGAUUGUGCAUCUCCACCAUCAAAUAGUCCUGGUACGCCAGUAGUAGGGACUUAACUUUCAACACCCGUACAGAACAUGCGGCAGUCAUGUAGACCUUUUGAUAGAUAGACACAUAGAAGUGGUCCGUCUUACAGGAAGGAAAUUGCCUGUCUUUGACAAGGCACUGGGGUUGAGGUGGUUGGGUAGUGACGGCUCGACCACCGGUGGCUUGUCGAGGCCCAGCUCCUCCAUGUCCUUGACAUUCAUGUUGACAAAAAGUCUGGUUUGGACCUUGCCAGUCAAAGGUUUAUCCUAAUUGCGCUUGGCUUCUGCCACGCAAGCUGGGAUGGCUGGGAGAAGUUGUUUGCCUGUUACAUUGAGAGAGGGGAGUUUCCUCCCGUCGUACCAGUCCCUCUCUGCAUUACCACCCCCCACGGGUUCGGGUCUGGUCAAUGCCUGUUUGCAGAUGUCAAUGAGCGAAUAUCUGUCAUCCGCCAUUGAUGCCUUGCUGAGGGCGGAAGAGGGCAGAGUGGCUUGCGCCUCCUCGUCGUCUUCUUCAUCAGCUGCCUGGAGGAGGUUGGUCAUACCCUCGCCAUCGUCCUCAUCGAUAACGAGGUUUCCUUCCCUUUCCCCCUCCUCUGGGGCCAAGCCCUGGUCCUCAGGGAGCCAUCCAAUAAGUCAGACCCAUUAGUGCUGAGCCUGCGAGGCAGUCUCACUGCUCGAGUUAAGAGUGGGAGACGAACCACGUUGGGCUGCUUUGCGCACUCUCCGGCGGAGCAAAAACCCUUUCACAUAUUCGGCACCCAGGCAGAUGACACACAGGUAGUGAGUGUCCUUGCCAGAAAUGGUCGCCCCACAUAGGCAUGGGUGUGUCGGUACUGGGGCAGGGGCCUGGUUUGGUGCCCCCUGGGCUGAGCUAGGCGGUUCCUUAGCUCCAGAAAACAGCUAAUUUGAGAACAAAGUUAAAUGUAACUAGUGUUUACCAUUUGGGCUUGUAGCCUAGCUAGUUAGCACAGUGCUAGCACAAAGUUAGCCAAAGGAAGCUAGCGCUAUGUUGGUUUUGUGACGAUUAAAAGCGUGGCUCUCGACCGAUAAGCAGUGACGCUAGGACGGUCGGUCUAGUUAACGUCGGUAGUGGGUUAAGCUAAACGAGAGGGCGAAAUAGUAAUUCUACCCUUCCAGAUAGAAAAAACUGUCUUAUGGAGAGCUAGCCAGGUUAGCUAAGCCUUGCAGCUAAGCUAACCAAGUCUCCGCAGCUAGCUGUGUGAUGCUAGCUACAAAAGGAGACAAAGGAAGAAAAGCGGUGAAGCAAAUUCUUACACAAACUUUUCCUUUUGGUAAAGUCACCCAACACAAAAGACGAGAGCUGAAAAAUGCUGCGCUCGACGGCGUAACCUUGACGGCACACCUGUGAACAGUUAAACAGGAAAACAGAUCAAGUUGUGCUGAGGAGAGCUAGGUAGAACUCUUCUGUGUGGAAGAGAAGCGAAAAGGAUCAGAGGGCAGGUGGGUGGCUCUUUAGUAUGAGGGGAAGGGCUCCCUCAUUCGCCACUUGACCUGUUUGUCUCUGACAGACGUGUAUGAUUCUUUCUUCAAGCUACUUACGAGAUUCUGGUGAAUUCCACUAGUGAGAUGUCGAAACGAAUAAUUGAAAGAGAACCACAACACAUGAAACUGUAUCUACUGUCCAUUAGUUGUAACUCUCCAUGGAAGAUACUGUAUAUGAUUUCUCUCUCUCUCGCUCUCUCUCUCUCUCUCUCUCUCUCUCUCUCUCUCUCUCUCUCUCUCUCUCUCUCUCUCUCUCUCUCUCUCUCUCUCUCUCUCUCUCUCUCUCUCUCUCACACACACACACACACAGGAUAUACUGUACGAUAAAGACACACACACUUCUUUUGUUUGAAUCCAAUCACCUACAUAUCACACGCACACACACAUUCUCAAACAAAGAUGCACAGACAGACAGACACGCAUUCACACACACUAACACACACACACACAAAGCUAGCACCACAAUGCCGCCUAUUUGGGUCUUCUCUUAAAAUUGUGUUUUAUUUAGCAUAAAUGUUGAAGCCAAGGGUACCCGGCUACCAUGGCAACCAAAUUAAACUGAGAAUCUCUUCAGAAAACUGAAAUGUAAAUUAUUCUGACCCUUUAUGAAAAGAAAAAUGAAACCGCUGCACAGUGUAUGCAGACUGCUCUCCUUUGAAACAAAAUGAGUUGGGGAAAAGAUGAACAAAAACAUGCCUGUUUUUAUGUGUAAAACCAUGAACAACAAUACAUGAACAUGUAAACAUUAUGCAGAUGACAUACAAUAAUACAAUCAUAUAACAUAUCAUUCAGUAUAUCAGUAUAAUAAUGUAUCACAUAACAUAGUCGAAACACAUCUUUGAAACCAGCUGCAAUAUGUAUGUGUUUUAUCAUAACCCAUUCCAAUAUGUUCCAUCACAGAGCAUAAGAGAUCACUGUAUAGAGAAUUAGCUCUGAGACUAGUUCUUAUCUGUUAAGUGAUUAUAUACAGUAUGUCAGGACUAAGGAUAACGUUUAAGGAACACAUGUCCAUAAAUAUUGCAUAGUGGGGUGAUAGACUGUCGGCAUGAGGAUUAUAUUGUAUUGAAACAUGUUGAUAUAUGAUCAUGUCUAAUGGUAUAGAAUUCACAAUGAACAGAUUGUCUUUGGUUAAACCAUUUAUGAUGCUGUUACUGUUCAUAUCAUGUUGUACAGUGAGGGAAAAAAGUAUUUGAUCCCCUGCUGGUUUUGUACGUAUGCCCACUGACGAAGACAUGAUCAGUCUAUAAUUUUAAUGGUAGGUUUAUUUGAACAGUGAGAGACAGAAUAACAACAACAAAAAUCCAGAAAAACGCAUGUCAAAAAUGUUAUGAAUUUAUUUGCAUUUUAAUGAAGGAAAUAAGUAUUUGACCCCUCUGCAAAACAUUACUUAGUACUUGGUGGCAAAACCCUUGUUGGCAAUCACAGAGGUCAGACGUUUCUUGUAGUUGGCCACCAGGUUUGCACACAUCUCAGGAGGGAUUUUGUCCCACUCCUCUUUUCAGAUCUUCUCCAAGUCAUUAAGGUUUCGAGCCUGACGUUUGGCAACUCGAACCUUGAGCUCCCUCCACAGAUUUUCUAUGGGAUUAAGGUCUGGAGACUGGCUAGGCCACUCCAGGACCUUAAUGUGCUUCUUCUUGAGCCACUCCUUUGUUUCCUUGGCCGUGUGUUUUGGGUCAUUGUCAUGCUGGAAUAGCCAUCCACUACCCAUUUUCAAUGCCCUGGCUGAGGGAAGGAGGUUCUCACCCAAGAUUUGACGGUACAUGGCGCCGUCCAUCGUCCCUUUGAUGCGGUGAAGUUGUCCUGUCCCCUUAGCAGAAAAACACCCCCUAAGCAUAAUGUUUCCACCUCCAUGUUUGACGGUGGGGAUGGUGUUCUUGGGGUCAUAGGCAGCAUUCCUCCUCCUCCAAAGACAGCGAGUUGAGUUGAUGCCAAAGAGCUCGAUUUUGGUCGCAUCUGACCACAACACUUUCCCCCAGUACUCCUCUGAAUCAUUCAGAUGUUCAUUGGCAAACUUCAGACGGGCCUGUAUAUGUGCUUUCUUGAGCAGGGGGACCUUGCGGGCGCUGCAGGAUUUCAGUCCUUCACGGCGUAGUGUGUUACCAAUUGUUUUCUUGAUGACUAUGGUCCCUGCUGCCUUGAGUUCUGGGCUGAUUCCUCAUCGUACUCAUGAUCAUUGCAACUCCACGAGGUGAGAUCUUGCAUGGAGCCCCAGGCCGAGGGAAAUUGACAGUUAUUUUGUGUUUCUUCCAUUUGCGAAUAAUCGCACCAACUGUUGUCACCUUCUCACCAAGCUGCUUGCCGAUGGUCUUGUAGCCCAUUCCAGCCUUGUGUAGGUCUACAAUCUUGUCCCUGACAUCCUUGGAGAGCUCUUUGGUCUUGGCCAUGGUGGAGAGUUUGGAAUCUGAUUGAUUAAUUGCUUCUGUGGACAGGUGUCUUUUAUACAGGUAACAAGCUGAGAUUAGGAGCACUCCCUUUAAGAGUGUGCUCCUAAUCUCAGCUCGUUAUCUGUAUAAAAGACACCUGUGAGCCAGAAAUCUUUCUGAUUGAGAGGGGUUCAAAUACUUAUUUCCCUCAUUAAAAUGCGAAUCAAUGUAUAACAUUUUUACAUGCGUUUUUCUGGAUUUUGUUGUUGUUAUUCUGUCUCUCACUGUUCAAAUAAACCUACCAUUAAAUUAUAGACUGAUAAUUUCUUUGUCAGUGGGCAAACGUACAAAAUCAGCAGGGGAUCAAAUACUUUUUUCCCUCACUGUAUAGAUGGAUGAUGUUUUAAACUACAGUUCAUGAAUUCCAAAUUGUUGUACAGUCCUAAGAGUAUUAUAUUAUAUAGUGGCAUUCUCUCAACCAGCUUCACCUGGAAUGCUUUUCCAACAGUCUUGAAGGAGUUCCCACAUAUGCUGAGUACUUGUUGGCUGCUUUUCCUUCACUCUGCGGUCCGACUCAUCCCAGACCAUCUCAAUUGGGUUGAGGUCGGGGGAUUGUGGAGGCCAGCUCAUCUGAUGCAGCACUCCAUCACUCUCCUUCUUGGUAAAAUAGCCCUUACACAGCCUGGAGGUGUGUUGGGUCAUUGUCCUGUUGAAAAACAAAUGACAGUCCCACUAAGCCCAAACCAGAUGGGAUGGCGUAUCGCUGCAGAAUGCUGUGGGAGCCAUGCUGGUUAAGUGUGCCUUGAAUUCUAAAUAAAUCACAGACAGUAUCACCAGCAAAGCACCCCCACACCAUAACACCUCCUCCUCCAUGCUUUACGGUGGGAAAUACACAUGUGGAGAUCAUCCGUUCACCCACACCGCGUCUCACAAAGAAACGGUGGUUGGAACCAAAAAUCUCCAAUUUGGACUCCAGACCAAAGGAGUAAUGUUCAUUACUCGUGUUUCUUGGCCCAAGCAAGUCUCUUCUUAUUAUUGGGGUCCUUUAGUAGUGGUUUAUUUGCAGCAAUUCGACCAUGAAGGCCUGAUUCACACAGUCUCCUCUGAACAGUUGAUGAUGAGAUGUGUCUGUUACUUGAACUCUGUGAAGCAUUUAUUUGGGCUGCAAUUUCUGAGGCUGGUAACUCUAAUGAACGUAUCCUCUGUUGCAGAGGUAACUCUGGGUCUUCCUGUGGCGGUCCUCAUGAGAGCCAGUUUCAUCAUAGUGCUUGAUUGUUUUUGCGACUGCACUUGAAGAAACGUAUUGACUGACCUUCAUGUCUUAAAGUAAUGAUGGACUGUCGUUUCUCUUUGCUUAUUUGAGCUGUUCUUGCCAUAAUAGGGACUUGGUCUUUUACCAAAUUGGGCUAUCUUCUGUAUAGCCCCCUACCUUGUCAAAACACAACUGAUUGGCUUAAAUGCAUUAAGAAGGACAUAAAUUCCACAAAUUAACUAUUAAGAAGGCACACCUGUUAAUUGAAAUGCAUUCCAGGUGACUAGCUCAUGAAACUGGUUGAGAGAAUGCCAAGAGUGUGCAAAACUGUCAUCAAGGUAAAGGGUGGCUAUUUGAAGAAUCUCAAAUAUAAAAUAUAUUUAUAUUUGUUUAACACUUUUUUGGUUACUACAUGAUUCCAUAUGUGUUAUUUCAUAAUUCAUCCAUAAGAGUCUUCACUGUUAUUCCACAAUAUAAAAAAUUAUAAAAAUAAAGAAAAACCCUUGAAUGAGUAGGUGUGUCCAAACUUUUGACUGGUAAUGUAGAUACCAGAUAGAUAACUGUAACUGUCAAAAAUAUUGUGCACUAUUACCAAUACCACAGCCUAAAAUGACAUACCCUAUUAUGUGUGUUUCUUCGCGUUAUUUGUAAUUGAUUCUGUACAUAAUGUUUCUGCCAUCGUCUCUUAUAACCAAAAAGAGCUUCUGGAUAUCAGGACAGCGAUUACUCACCUCGUAUUGGACGAAGAUUUUUUCUUCAACGAGUCGGACGCGAAGGAUAUCCUACAGACACCCGACAAGGCCCAAAUCCCCGUCAUUCGCAGGAGAAAGAGGAUCCGACGGCGAGCGAGUAAACUGCCUCUUCCAUCAAUCCUAUUAGCCAAUCUUCAAUCAUUGGAAAAUAAAUUAGAUGACCUAAGAGUACGGUUAUCCUACCAAUGGGACAUUAAAAACUGUAUUAUCUUAUGUUUCACUGAGUCGUGGCUGAACGACGACAUGGACAACAUACAGCUAGCGGGCUGUACGCUACAUCGGCAGGAUAGAACGGCUGACUCUGGUAAGAAAAGGGGUGGCAGUCUGUGUAUAUUUGUAAACAACAGCUGGUGCACAAAAUCAAAUACUAAGGAAGUCUCUAGGUUUUGCUCGCCUGAGGUAGAAUAUCUUAUGAUAAGCUGUAGACCACACUAUUUACCAAGAGAGUUUUCAUCUAUAUUUUUCAUAGCUGUCUAUUUACCACCAGAAACCAAUGCUGGCAUUAAGAUUGCACUCAAUGAGCUGUAUAAGGUCAUAACUAAACAGGAAAACGCUCAUCCAGAGGCAGCACUCCUAGUGGCCGGGUACUGUAAUGCAUGGAAAUUCAAAUCCGUUCUAUCUAAUUUCUACCAGCAUGUUAUAUGUGCAACCAGAGGAAAAAAAACUCUAGACCACCUUUACUCCGCACACAGAGACAUUUUUACAUUUACAUUUUAGUCAUUUAGCAGACGCUCUUAUCCAGAGCGACUUACAGUUAGUGAAUACAUAUUUGUUUAUACUGGCCCCCGUGGGAAGAGACGCAUACAAAGCUCUCCCUCACCCUCCAUUUGGCAAAUCUGACCAUAACUAUAUCCCCCUGAUUCCUGCUUAUAAGCAAAAACUAAAGCAGGAAGCACCAGUGACUCGGUUAAUAAAAAAGUGGUCAGAUGACGCAGAUGCUAAGCUACAGGACUUUUGCUAGCACAGACUAGAACAUGUUCCGGGAUUCUUCAGAUAGCAUUGAGGAGUACACCACAUCAGUCACUGGCUUCAUCAAUAAGUGCAUCGAUGACGUCUUCCCCACAGUGACCGUACGUACAACAUCCGCACUGAGCUAAAGGGUAGAGCUGCCGCUUUCAAGGAGCGGGACUCUAACCCGGACGCUUAUAAGAAAUCCCGCUAUGCCCUCCGAUGAACCAUCAAACAGGCAAAGAGUCAAUACAGGACUAAGAUUGAAUCGUACUACACCGGCUCUGACACUCGUCAGAUGUGGCAGGGCUUGAAAACUAUUACAGACUACAAUGGGAAGCACAUCCACGAGCUGCCCAGUGACACAAGCCUACCAGACCAGCUAAACCACUUCUAUGCUCACUUCGAGGCAAGCAACACUGAAGCAUGCAUGAGAGCACCAGCUGUUCCGGAUGACUAUGUGAUCACACUCUCCGUAGCCGAUGUGAGUAAGACUUUUAAGCAGGUCAAUAUUCACAAGGCUACAGGGCCAGACGGAUUACCAGGACGUGUACUCCGAGCAUGUGCUGACCAACUGGCAAGUGUCUUCACCGACAUUUUCAACAUGUCCCUGACUGAGUCUGUAAUACCAACAUGUUUCAAGCAGACCACCAUAGUCCCUGUGCCCAAGGACACUAAGAUAACCUGCCUAAAUGACUACCGACCCGUAGCACUGACAUCUGUAGCCAUGAAGUGCUUUGAAAGGCUGGUCAUGGCUCACAUCAACACUAUUAUCCCAGAAACCCUAGACCCACUCCAAUUUGCAUACCGCCCCAACAGAUCCACAGAUGAUGCAAUCUCUAUUGCACUCCACACUGCCCUUUCCCACCUGGACAAGAGGAACACCUACGUGAGAAUGGUAUUCAUUGACUACAGCUCAGCAUUCAACACCAAAGUGCCCUAAAAGCUCAUCACUAAGCUAAGGAUCCUGGGACUAAACACCUCCCUCUGCAACUGGAUCCUGGACUUCCUGACGGGCCGCCCCCAGGUGGUAAGGGUAGGCAACAUCACAUCUGCCACGCUGAUCCUCAACACGGGGGCCCCUCAGGGUUGCGUGCUCAGUCCACUCCUGUACUCCCUGUUCACCCAUGAAUGCAUGGCCAGGCAAGACUCCAACACCAUCAUUAAGUUUGCCGACGACAAACAGUGGUAGGCCUGAUCACCGACAACGAUGAGCCAGCCUAUAGGGAGGAGGUCAGAGACCUGGCUGUGUUGUGCCAGGAUAACAACCUCUACCUCAACAUGAUCAAGACAAAGGAGAUGAUUGUGGACUACAGGAAAAAAAAGAGGACUGAGCACGCCCCCAUUCUCAUCGACGGGGCUGUAGUGGAACAGGUUGAGAGCUUCAAGUUCCUUUGUGUCCACAUCACCAACAAACUAUCAUGGUCCAAACACACCAAGACAGUCAUGAAGAGGGCACGACAAAGCCUAUUCCCCCUCAGGAGACUGAAAAGAUUUGGCAUGGGUCCUCAGAUCCUCAAAAAGUUCUACAGCUGCACCAUCGAGAGCAUCCUGACUGGUUGCAUCACCGCCUGGUAUGGCAACUGCUCGGCCUCCGACCACAAGGCACUACAGAGGGUAGUGUGUACGGCCCAGUACAUCAUUGGGGCCAAGCUUCCUGCCAUCCAGGACCUCUAUACCAGGCGGUGUCAGAGGAAGUCCCUCAAAAUUGUCAAAGACUCCAGCCACCCUAGUCAUAGACUGUUCUCUCUGCUACCGCACGGCAAGAGGUACUGGAGCGCCAAGUCUAGGUCCAAAAGACUUCUCAACAGCUUCUACCCCCAAGCCAUAAGACUCCUGAACAGCUAAUCACGACUACCCAGACUAUUUGCACUGCCCCCUCACCCCCACCCCAUCUUUUUACGCUGCUGCUACUCUGUUAAUUACUCAUGCAUAGUCACUUUAACUCUACCCACAUGUACAUAUUACCUCAACUAGCCGGUGCCCCCGCACAUUGACUCUGCACCGGUACCCCUCUACAUAUAGCCUCCCUACUGUUAUUUUAUUUUACUUCUGCUCUUUUUUUUCAAAAAAAAAUUUUUGUUGUUGUUUUAUUUUACUUUUAUUUAAAAAAGUAAAUGCAUUGUUGGUUGAGGGCUGUAAGUAAGCAUUUCACGGUAAUGUCUACACCUGUUGUAUUCGGCGCAUGUGGCAAAUAACAUUUUAUUUUAUUUUAUUUGUAGCUCAGGACCUGAAGCAAGUAUAUGCAUAUUCUUGAUACCAUUUGAAAGGAAACACUUUGAAGUUUGUGGAAAUUUGAAAUGAAUGUAGGAGAAUAUAGCACAUUUGAUCUGGUAAAAGAUAAUGAUGUUCCACCAUCUUUGAAAUGCAAGAGAAAGGCCACAAUAUAAUUUAGCUGUUUAGAUGUUUGGCCAAAUUAUCCACAGUUAGGCUACGUGUCCUUGACAACCUCUUAAGGAUCGGACCCUUUUUUUCAAUUUUCACCUAAAAUGACAUACCCAAAUCUAACUGCCUGUAGCUCAGGACCUGAAGCAAGGAUAUGCAUAUUCUUGAUACCAUUUGAAAGGCAACACUUUGAAAUGUGUGGAAAUGUAAAAUUAAUGUAGGAGAAUAUAACACAUUAGAUCUGGUAAAAGAUAAUACAAACAAAAGAACAUGCAUUUAAAAAAAAAUUGUUUUGUUCCAUCAUCUUUGAAAUGCAAGAGAAAGGCCAUAAUAUGAUAUAGGAGUUUACGUGCAAUUUAGAAUUUGGCCACGAGAUGGAGGCAGUGUGUGUGCAAAGUUUCAGAUUGAUUCAGUGAAGCAUUGCAAUACUGGACUAUUUUGUAUCAAGACUGCCCAAAUGUGCCGAAUUGGUCAAUUUAUACAUUUUCAAGUACAUAACUAUAGAGAACAUACAAAAAUUAUAUGGUAAUACACAAUGUAAGUUUACAUACUCCCAGGAAUGUCAUACAUGAUGGAUCAUUAGCUUAUACACUAACUUUCACACAUCUAGAUGGCCGAGCAGGGUUGGUGUGGAGCCAGAGACAGCAGGGGUUCAAACUGUAGAACCCAGUUCCUACAUUUGAAUAUAAAAAUUGAUUUUAUCAAACAAAACUAUGCUACAUUUUAUCUCUGGGACCCUUAGGAUGACAAAUCAGAGCACGAUUACUGAAUCUAAGUACAUUAUUUACCUUCAGAGGUGAAUGUAUCAAACCAGUUGCCGUGAUAAGUUUUUUGUUCUUGUGCACUCUCCCCAAACAAUAGCAUGGUAUUUUUUCACUGUAAUAGCUACUGUAAAUUGGAUAGUGCAGUUAGAUUAACAAGAAUUUAAGCUUUCUGCCCAUAUAAGACAGUCUAUGUCCUGGAAAGUUUGCUGUUACUUACAACAGUCUUGCUAAUCACAUUAGCGCACGUUAGUUCAACCGUCCUGUAUACGGGACACCGAUCCCGUAGAGGUUAAUAUCUAACUGAGGAUAGACAGUAUAUUAGGAGGGUUGUGUUUGGCUGAAGUGUGAUUACUGUAGGACUGGUCCUAGAAGUGUGGACAUGUUCCAUCUGUAGCCCCGCCUGUAGAGAGGAUGUUGGGUAAACAGGUCAAGGUUCAUUCUCUUAUCCAAUGUGCAGAUGAGUGGAAGGAGAUGGGGGUCAGAGGUCUCUCUCUCUCCUCCACUCCUCCUCCCUCUGUUCUCCCUCUCUCUCACACACACACACACACACACACACACACAGACACACAUACAUACAAACACACACGCAGUACAAACUGCGGAUCUAUUUUAUUGAUUGACUCCUGUGCCUGCUCGGCUGCCCACUGGAGGAGGGGGCAGGGCUCUAAUGAAUACCUCCACCCCGUGCUCCCUACGUCAAGCCCUACUCCCCCACCUUAAUUAACUUUGUGUGUGUGUGUGUUCUCUGCCUGUGCCUCCUCUUCAAUUGCCCCCCUUUCUUCAUAACUAGCUGUUCCUCAAGCCUUUUACACUGGAAAGACUCUCUUGUACUUCACUUUCUCUCUUCCUUUCUCUCUCUGUCUCUGUGUGAGGUGCCAGUGUGUAAAUCAUGCAUAGCAAAUCCAUGAAUCCAUUCCUCAGUCGUUCAGUACGUACUGUAUGUGUCAAUCAAAUAAUUGAUUUAAAGACGAGGCAAUCCAGGUAACUUAUUGCAGAUCAGACGAUCCCGCCCCACAUACAGUACCUCUAGUAUUCAGUAACUUUGUCAAGGACAGCUUGACAAAGAGGGGUCCGAGGAUGACUACAGGACAGAAAUAACACACUUCACCGGAUGGUGCAAGGAAAACAGACUAAUUCUUAAUGUAAAAAAAAAAGAAAGGAAAUGUCAAUAAACUUCAAUACUAUAAAAGACGACACCGGGCCCAUCCCCAUUGACUCAGAACAAAUAUAAUCAGUUGAGCAACACAAAUACAGUAUCUUGGAACUAUAAUUGACUCAAAACUCUCCUGGACUGCAAACACACAACAGAUAUAAAAAAAUGGACAACGACUGUAUUUCAUGAGGAGAUAAAAUAAAUAUCAGGUCAAUAAAAGAAUAACAACCAUAUUCUACACAUCCUUUGUUCAGUGCUCUCACUUUCUCUUUCCAAGCCUAGUACAAUCAGCUAUCCAUCGCAAAUAAAAACCAGCUACACAAAAUAGUAAAGCUGUCAAGCAAAAUCAGUGGAGUUAAUCUGAAGAACAUGGAAGAGCUGUUCUUGGAGAGAGUGGUGAGGGCAGGAGCGAUAAUUGCCAGCGACCUGACACCCACUCAACCAGGAGUACCAGCUCCUACCAUCAGGCUGCCGAUACAGUCCAUCUUUACAAAACCGCCAGAGCCCAGCAAUCAUUCAUUCCCACCAGUCAAUCGAAUAAAUAACUGCUCAACCCCCCCUCCCCCCCAGUAUUUACGAACUGAAUUACUAACUGUAUCCACAUGUGUUGUCUGCUGUAGUUAUUGCUUGUGAUUUAUGUAUGUGUUUAUUUAUUUAUGCACCUAUUGGUGAUGCUGUGCUGUUGUUUGUUGAGAUGCAAAACAAAUUUCCCGAAAGGGACACACAAUAAAUAAUAAUAAUUAUUAUUAUUGACCCCAAAGCGUCUCUCAGACUGACCCCCCACAAUAGUAUGGCAUUGGUUGAAGCUCAAAGUUAAAUUCCUACCAUAAUUUCUAAGCCAAUAUGACACCAAUGUCGAUGGAAAUUCGCAAAUCAACUUGAUUGGAGCUACAGAACACACUCUCCACCUCUCGUGAUGAGCCAUCCAGUCGUUACCGAGAACCACAUACCGGAUGGAUUUUUAACAGGGUCAUUAGCAAUUGAGUAUUUUCUGCACCCACCGAUAUCAAAUUCUAGAUGUCGGAUUAAAACAAAAUUAUAGCGUCCAUAAAGUGACCAUUGGAAAUAAAAAAUGGCAGAUUAACUAAAUGUAUAGGUGCAACAGUUUUUAUUACAUUUAAAAUGUAUCGCUCUCACAUGCUCAUUUCUGUCCACUAAGAACCAAUGAUGUGCUACCUUUUUGUAGCGUUUCUGACAAUGCUAACAUCUUUCAGCAGAAUCUCAAAGUUCUAAAACCGUGACCAGCACCUCGGUUGCUGCGCAACAGCUAGCUAGUAGCAGGCUAGCAGCUGCAUUUAGCUAGCUAACACCAGUCGGAUGAGAAGCAAGCUACAAGCAAAGGAAGCUAGCUAGCUAGAUAUAUUUAGCUAUGGAAGGUUUUACAUAUGGCUGAAGUCAUUUGUGUAAACUAAAUUAGAGCACAAACAAAUAAGGUAGUGAAUGUCCUUGGCUGCUAUUAUAGCCAGUUAUUUAGCCAAAUAGCCAGUAGCCACAAGCCAAUGAGACUGUAACAUAUCUGUAUAGAUCGUGAACCACAACUCAAUGUUGACAAUAUAUCCUAGCUAGCUACAUUCUUCCAUAAAGCAUAGCUAGCUAGCUAAGUAAAGUUCAUAGUCAACACCAAACUUUGGGAAACUGUCACACUUCUAACUUAUAAUACAUGCAAUGGGCAUUGCUCAUCUAGCUACUCAGGCAUGAUACAGUCAAACUGGCUCGAUAGCUACGUUUGCAGCCAGAUGUCAGUUUCAGCACAAACAGCUGCUAGCUAGCUUACAUUUCCUCAGCCAAGACCAGCCUCUCACAACUGUAGCUGAUAAAAUGAAUUGCCUUGCAAAGAAACAGUUAGGUAUGUUGAAUCUAAACCAUGCCAAUGCACAUGCAAGUAGCGCAUCGGCUGUGUAUUGCAGUGAGUGUACACAUGUUAGCUAGCUAGCUAAUUAGCUAGAUCAACACACAAGAAAAACAUGUUUUUUCUGGACGUUGAAAAUACGUAUUUUCCGGACGUUGAAAUCAGGUUUAUUUUCGAUUCUGAAUAAAUGUUGAAAAUACUUUCUCUACUUUAAUUUUACUGUACUGUAAUGUACUGCACUCUGCUGUGCUCUACUGCAGUGGUUCUCAAAGAUCUCCUUGGGGACCCCCAGACAUUUCGCAAUUUUGCUGUAGCUCUGAACUAGCUAUUCAUUGUUUUUAUUUUUACAUUUUAGUCAUUUAGCAAACACUCUUAUCCAGAACAGUUAGUGCAUUCAUCUUAAGAUAGCUAGGUGAGAUUCAAGAGCUUGAGGAUUAGUUGACAAGUUUAAUUAGGUGUGCUAGCACUGGAAUAAAUCAAUUACAUAGAACGGCCUGGGGUCCUCAUGGAGAGGUUUGAGAACCACUACUCUACUGUACUUGACCGGACCAAAUCUAAACCAAACAAAGACGUCUAUGUUUGGGCCAAAUCAAGGCCAGUCCGGAUCGGAUCAAAUCUAAACCAAACAUAGACGUCUAUUAUUAGUUCAGAUUUGGUCUGGACCGGAUUCCCAAAAAACACGCCACUUCGAUACAGCUACGACCUUUUCAUAGGAGGUUAAGAGAACUUACGCAGCAGGUUAGGAGAAUUUACAUAGCAGUUCAGGAGAAUUAGGUUAAGGUUAGACAAAGGGUUAGGGUUAGCGAAAAUGCUCUCCUAACCUGCUACGAAAAGUCACUUGUAUCGAAGUGCCAUGUUUUUAGGGAUUCCCGUCCGUGGACGUUGAAAUCAACGCCGGUCCAGACCGCACCAAAAACAGAAGUCCGGACCUAAAAAAGACUUCCAAAAGACAUUACCACAAAAAUUCCUGCAGUUUUUUACUUGUUGAUUGCUACUUCCCACUAAGGGGGCCUUAGUGGGAAGUAGCAAUCAACAAGUAAAAAACUGCAGGAAUUUUUGGUCAGAUUUCUUUCCUAAUGCUCACUCAGCCAACUUAUUCAGUUCUUUGAUAGUCACUUACAGGAACUGGUAUGUGCUUAAUGUAAAGCAGCUGUUGAUAUUCAUCCCCCUCCCUUCUGUAAAGGGAGGAUCGAUAUGUUUUGCAUAAAUGCAAUAGCCAUGUCUAUGAAGUAAUAGCCAGGGCCCAGUUUCCCGUUAGCGAUGGAACUUAAGAUUACAACUGUUUUAACAUUGUAUCGUUUCUAUAACAGCCGAAGAACUCACAUGCGUUUCCCAAAACACCAUGUAAAGAGAACUUUCAAUAAGUGCGUCGUUAGAGUAUGUGUCAAUACUGAUAGGAUCGAAAGAAAGGCAGGGCUGCUAUCGGAUCAGGGUUCUCCAUUCAAAUCUUACCUCAACAUUAGAUACUGACGACGGAUCAGCUCCUAGAGAGAUGCUUAGGCUAUGCAUUAAAUCAAUUUGGCACAUCAUUGCGCAUAUGUUGUUAACCCUACACAUCAUGAAAUUGAGGCAAAAAUUACAGACAGUAGCCUACGAUUAGCAAAAUAGAACUCAAUUGAUUGAACAUGAAAUUGAUUUCAAUAUGAUUGAAAUACACACUCAGUUGCCACGGAAAUGGAUCGCUCCUACAGAUAGUGAGUCACGUGACCAUGGCUUGCUAUAUAAAGCAGGCAGACAGGCAUUGAGGCAUUCAGUUACUGUUCGAUUGAAUGUUAGAAUGAGCAAAACGAGUGACCUAAGCGACUUUGAGCGUGGUAUGAUCUCAGAAACGGCCGCCCUCCUGGGCUUUUCACGCACAACAGUGUCUAGGGUUUACCGAGAAUGGUGCGACAAACAAAAAACAUCCAGUCCUGUGGACGAAAAGGUUGAAGGAGAAUGGCAAGAAUCGUGCAAGCUAACAGGUGGGCCACAAAAAGGAAAAUAACGCAGUACAACAUUGAUGUGCAGUUCGGCAUCUCAGAAUGCACAACUAUUCGAUCCUUGUCACAAAUGGGCUAUUGCAGCAGACGACCACACCGGGUUCCACUCCUAUCAGCUAAAAACAAGAAGAAUCUGCUCCAGUGGGCACGCGAUCCGCCACGCUGGACUAUUGAGGCAUGGAAAAACAUUGCCUGGUCCGACGAAUCCCGGUCCUGUUGAGUCAUGCUGAUGGCAGAGUUAGGAUUUGGCGUAAGCAGCAUGAGUCCAUGGACCCAUCCUGCCUGGUGUCAACGGUACAGGCUGGUGGUGGUGGUGUUCUUAUGUGGGGAAUGCUUUCCUGGCACACGUUAGGUCCCUUGGUACCAAUUGAGUAGCAAUUGACCACCAUAUCUGAACAUUGUUGCUGACCAAACCCAAUAGAGCAUCUUUGGUAGCGAAUGUCCUUGGCUGUUCGCAGCAUGAAUAUACCGCCGUCCAAUCUGCAGCAACUGUGUGAUGCCAUCAUGUCUGCAUGGACCAACAUCCCUGUGGAACAUAUCCAACACCUUGUAGAAUCCAUGAAGAAUCCAUGCAAGAAUUCAGGCUUUUCUGGAGGCAAAGGGGGGUCCGACCGGUACUAGAUGUGGGUACCUAAUAAACAGACCACUGAGUGUAUAGGCCUAUGUUAGAGGUCUACACGGGUACAACAGACCCGAAAUUCAGAGUUUUGUCUCGGAUCUGGGUCGGGUCUGAUAUCAUUGCCAGAGGUCUCGGUUAUGUGCAAUUAAAAUGAAUUUACAUGCAGAAUCCGAUUGGACCUGUCCUCUGUUAAUUUACUGUUUGUGUGAUGAGAACUGCGUGAGCUUGGUAUCUGUGUCAGCCAAUUGCAACUCAAUAAAAUGUAUAGCUUAAAAUGUGAGCAGCACCGCCUCCUCAAGAUUCUGAGCCUGCCUGGCAGGGUUGGUUCUACAAAGCCAGAGCCCCCUGAUGGGAGAACAUAAUAUACAAGGAAAUUCUCAAAGCUGCUAAUGAGAACCUUGACAACCUUGUACCUAGCCGGUGGGGAUUCUGGUGGGGUACCCCUACCCAUGUAGUGGCAGUGCUGGCAACACUGGCUGCAGUAACCCAUGUGGAGGGGGUCACACUCUGACAAUCAGAGAGGGGGCAUAUUAUUGUGGCCCUGGUGGCACCAAAUAAUCAAGGUUCUGACUGCACGGAGAUGCUUGGGGAAAAUGGUUACAACGGGGGACCAGAGUGUUUGUUUCUCAGGGGAAGAGGGUGGAUCUGAUCUCCAUCAUCUAGGACUUGACAUAGAUUAAUCAAAUCUCACAUUGUUGUCAAUUUUUUCUCAAUCUUACAUGCAUUGUCAAACAGCUGUAACUGUAUACACAUUUGUAAAUCAGGUCCUUUCUUGAGUUGGACUCUGGGAUGUAACAACCGUUGAGCAUCUGAUCUUAUGGUUGAUUGUGGAGGAAAGGGGUUGAGUGUGUUAGAGUAUGUGCGCGUGUGUGUGUGUGUGUGUGUGUGUGUGUGUGUGUGUGUGUGUGUGUGUGUGUGUGUGUGUUUAUCCCACAUCUGUUGCAAGGGGGUAAGGAUGUUAGGGAGAAUAUAGGAUGAACCACAAUAAUUGUUUGCUAAAAUAAUAAUUGCUUGACAAAAAUGUAAUGUAAUACAAUGGCAAUCCGGGUUAACUGCCAACAUUAUUACGCACAUUAAUUGAUAAUGAUGGAAAUUAAGAUUUGCAAGAAAUUUGAAUAGAUAUAUAUUUUUAAAUAGCUAUAUAUAUAUUGAGGUGAGAUCAUUGGAAAUGCUUUUGGCGGUUGACCUGCUUCUGUUUUGUGGGUGGAACUGUGUGGUGUUUUCGAUGGAUGGGUCCUGGCCUCUCGGGGGCCUAGGGAUCCGGGGGGACGGGGAUGGUAUGCCAAUCACUGGGAUGACGGCCCAACUUGGGAUGGAGAGGGGCUUUAGCGGGGGGAAUAGUGGAGAACAAUUGGAGGGUUACUUAGUAGUAAUGCAAAUAUCAUGGUACAGCUAUAUGGACACUCAAUAACUAUGAUAUUUUUUAUUGGUAAAUUUACAAACAUAUAUAAUGAUAAAUAGAUUUGAAACUUGUAUCUCAUUAUGGUAUGUGGUGAAAUAAGUAUAGCCAGUUAUAAUUGUAAUGGCUUAGCAGAUAAUAACAAAAGAAUAACAAUAUUUACAUGGCUGAAAGAGAAGGAAUAUAAUAUACAGCUGUGGAAAAAAUUAAGAGACCACUGCAAAAUUAUCAGUUUCUCUGGUUUUACUAUUUAUAGGUAUGUGUUUGGAUAAAAAUUACAUUUUUGUUUUAUUCUAUAAACUACUGACAACAUUUCUCCCAAAUUCCAAAUAAAAAUAUUGUCAUUUAGAGCAUUUAUUUGCAGAAAAUGACAACUGGUCAAAGAAAAUAAGUUCAUGUUCAUUUUUAAACAACACAAUACUAAUGUUUUAACUUAGGAAGAGUUCAGAAAACAAUAUUUGGUGGAAUAACCCUGAUUUUCAAUCACAGCUUUCAUGCGUCUUGGCAUGCUCUCCACCAGUCUUUCACAUUGAUGUUGGGUGACUUUAUGCCACUCCUGGCGCAAAAAUUCAAGCAGCUCUGCUUUGUUUGAUGGCUUGUGACCAUCUAUCUUCCUCUUGAUCACAUUCCAGAAGUUUUCAAUGGGGUUCAGGUCUGGAGAUUGGGCUGGCCAUGACAGGGUCUUGAUCUGGUGGUCCUCCAUCCACACCUUGAUUGACCUGGCUGUGUGGCAUAGCACAUUGUCCUGCUGGAAAAAACAAUCCUCAGAGUUGGGGAACAAUGUCAGAGCAAAAGGAAGCAAGUUUUCUUCCAGGACAACCUUGUACGUGGCUUGAUUCAUGCGUCCUUCACAAAGACAAAUCUGCCCGAUUCCAGCCUUGCUGAAGCACCCCCAGAUCAUCACCGAUCCUCCACCAAAUUUCACAGUGGGUGCGAGAAACUGUGGCUUGUAGGCCUCUCCAGGUCUCCGUCUAACCAUUAGACGACCAGGUGUUGGGCAAAGCUGAAAAUUGGACUCAUCAGAGAAGAUGACCUUACUCCAGUCCUUUACGGUCCAAUCCUUAUGGUCUUUUGCAAACCUCAGCCUCGCUCUUCUUUGCACGACUUCAGCCCUACCCCUAGGAGCCUGUUUCAAACCGUCCUCGCUGUGCACUUCACCUCAGCUGCCGUUUGCCAUUCUUUUUGUAGGUCACUUGAUGUCAUCCUACGGUUGAUGAGUGACAUUCGAAUGAGUUGGCGGUCAUCCCGGUCAGUAGAGAGUCAUUUUCGCCCUCUGCCGGUCUGUAGCUUUGUUGUCCCCAAUGUCUGCUGCUUGACCUUGUUCUUAUGAACCGCCGUCUUUGAAAUUUUAAGGAUGGAAGCAACCUGACACUCACUGUAUCCCUCUGCCAGUAAAGCCAGAAUUGAACCCUUCUUUUCCUCACUAAAAACUUUCCUUUUCAACUCUUUUGGCAUGGUCAAUAGUUAUUUUUUGAUUAAUAUUACUUUUGAGGUACUAUUAGCACUGUUUUUACCAUCCAGCUGGUCCUAUUGCAAGAGGAUAGUGAUGACCACAGCAGUGGUUUUUAUACUUUUCCUUGUUAAAUAAGAUUUGGUUCAUGUGAUCACCUAAUCAGUACCUAAUUCAGUAGAAUGAGGUGUGCCUGUGUUGGAAUUCAACAGACUGGAAUGGAUUGGCUGUCAUACAUUUAUAUAUUUUUUUGCAGUGGUCUCUUAAUUUUUUCCACAGCUGUAUAUUGUUUACAGGAAACUCAUUCAACAAUUCGAGAAAUAUACUACUCCCAUGGGCAAAGAAACUCAAAAGGGGUGAUGAUAUUAAUUAACAGUAAUUUCCAUUCGAAUGUGCAAAUUGUCCAAACAGAUCGGACCAAAUAAUGAUGAUCCACACUUCUUUGACAAUAUAUUUAAUAAAUUAUCAACCCUGCAAGCAAUACAAGACUCUAUUAUUAUGGUGGGAGAUUAUAAUACUGUUUUAAAUAGCUCAAUGGACCGUAAAGGAAAUCACACUACAAACUAUCACCCUCAUGCUCUUAAGGAAAUAGUGAAUGUCAUGGAUACAUUAGAACUAGUAGAUAUAUGGAGGCUUAAAUAUCCUGACCUAGUGAGAUAUACAUAGCAGAGACUCAAUCAAGCUAGUCAUCUUGAUUUCUUUCUUAUGUCAUUCUCGUUGGCACCAAAAGUUAAAAAAGUGUUGAUAGGGGACAGAAUGCGGUUGGACCAUCAUAUAAUUGGCAUAUACAUUACUCUUACUGAAUUUCCACGUGGGCGAGGGUAUUGGAAAUUUAAUCAAAGCCUAUUGGAUGAUAACUUGUUUUUAACUAGGACAGAGGAAUUUUUUAACUGUUUUUUCCGACAUAACAUAGGUACAGCAAAUCGACCUUAUUGUAUGGGACACUUUUAAAUGUGCCUUUAGAGGCCAUGCAAUUCAGUACUCAUCUCGAAAACAAAAGCAAUUUAGGUCAAAAGAGUCCAUACUAACAAAGGAAAUAGAAGGUCUAACAGAUAGAUAGCAAUAAAAACUGUAACAUAUAGGCUCAGAAUAAAUUAGAGGAAAAACAAAAAGAAAUGGAGAAACUUAUUCUAAAGCAAACUGGAUGGAAUAUGGGGGAAAAUCACCUAAUUAUUUUUUAAUCUUCAACAUAGAAAUGCUACCAAAAAUAAUUUCAUGAAACUGGUUACAAAUGACGGAGUCACCCAUGAUUCACCAAAGGAUAUUUUGAAGGAGGAAGCAAAGUACUUUAAGCAUAUGUUUUUGUUUCAGUCGCCUCCAUCUCCUCUAACUGAAGCUAAUUGUAGAUAUAUUUUUUUUCUAUUGAUAAUGUAAAAUUAACAGCCAUACAGAAAGACUCAUGUGGAGGUGAAAUUACAGAGGAGGAACUUCUGGAUGCAAUUAAAGGCUUUUAGUCCGGGAAAACUCCAGGGUUGGAUGGCAUAACAGUUGAGGUAUUCCAAACCUUUUUUGAUAUACUCAGAUGACCAUUAUUAGCAUGUUUUAACCACUCCUAUGUAAAUGGUAGAUUAUCAGACACUCAAGAAGCAGGUCUGAUUUCAUUAUUACUGAAACAGGAUACAAGUGGAAAAUAUAAAGAUCCAGUCAAUUUAAAAAGUUGGAGGCCCCUUACACUUCAGUGUUGUGAUGCAAAAAUUAUAGGAAAAUGUAUAGCACAUAGAAUUAAAAAGGUAUUAUCGGACAUUAUUCAUUCUAAUCAGACAGGUUUUUUACAUGGAUGAUACAUUGGAGAUAAUAUAAGGAAAGUACUGGAAACAAUAGAACACUAUGAAAAAUCUGGGAAACCAGGCCUGCUAUUCAUAGCAGACUUUGAAAAGGCAUUUGAUAAAGUAUGACUGGGGUUGAUAUAUAAUUGCCUGCAGCAUUUGAAUUUUGGAGAAUCUCUUAUGAAAUGGGUUAAAAUCAUGUAUAGUAACCCUAGGUGUAAAAUAGUAAAUAAUGGCUAUUUCUCAGAAAGUUUUAAACUGUCAAGAGGAGUGAAACAAGGUUGUCCACUAUCGGCAUAUCUAUUUAUUAUGCCCAUCGAAAUGUUAGCUAUUAAAAUCAGAUCCAACAAUAGUAUCAAGGGAUUAGAAAUCCAGGGCUUAAAAACAAAUGUGUCAUUGUACGCUGAUGAUUCAUGUUUUCUUUUAAAUCCACAACUAGAAUCCCCCCACAGCCUCAUAGAAGAUCUAGAUACAUUUUCUAACCUCUCUGGAUUACAACCAAAUUAUGAUAAAUGUACUAUAUUACGUAUUGGAUCGCUAAAAAAUACAAUGUUUACAUUACCAUGUACAGUGGGGAAAAAAAGUAUUUAGUCAGCCACCAAUUGUGCAAGUUCUCCCACUUAAAAAGAUGAGAGAGGCCUGUAAUUUUCAUCAUAGGUACACGUCAACUAUGACAGACAAAUUGAGGAAAAAAAAUCUAGAAAAUCACAUUGUAGGAGUUUUUAUGAAUUUAUUUGUAAAUUAUGGUGGAAAAUAAGUAUUUGGUCACCUACAAACAAGCAAAAUUUCUGGCUCUCACAGACCUGUAACUUCUUCUUUAAGAGGCUCCUCUGUCCUCCACUCGUUACCUGUAUUAAUGGCACCUGUUUGAACUUGUUAUCAGUUUAAAAGACACCUGUCCACAACCUCAAACAGUCACACUCUAAACUCCACUAUGGCCAAGACCAAAGAGCUGUCAAAGGACACCAGAAACAAAAUUGUAGACCUGCACCAGGCUGGGAAGACUGAAUCUGCAAUAGGUAAGCAGCUUGGUUUGAAGAAAUCAACUGUGGGAGCAAUUAUUAGGAAAUGGAAGACAUACAAGACCACUGAUAAUCUCCCUCGAUCUGGGGCUCCACACAAGAUCUCACCCCAUGGGGUCAAAAUGAUCACAAGAAUGGUGAGCAAAAAUCCCAGAACCACACGGGGGGACCUAGUGAAUGACCUGCAGAGAGCUGGGACCAAAGUAACAAAGCCUACCAUCAGUAACACACUACGCCGCCAGGGACUCAAAUCCUGCGGUGCCAGACGUGUCCCCCUGCUUAAGCCAGUACAUGUCCAGGCCCAUCUGAAGUUUGCUAGAGUGCAUUUGGAUGAUCCAGAAGAGGAUUGGGAGAAUGUCAUAUGGUCAGAUGAAACCAAAAUAGAACUUUUUGGUAAAAACUCAACUCGUCGUGUUUGGAGGACAAAGAAUGCUGAGUUGCAUCCAAAGAACACCAUACCUACUGUGAAGCAUGGGGGUGGAAACAUCAUGCUUUGGGGCUGUUUUUCUGCAAAGGGACCAGGACGACUGAUCCGUGUAAAGGAAAGAAUGAAUGGGGCCAUGUAUCGUGAGAUUUUGAGUGAAAACCUCCUUCCAUCAGCAAGGGCAUUGAAGAUGAAACGUGGCUGGGUCUUUCAGCAUGACAAUGAUCCCAAACACACCACCCGGGCAACGAAGGAGUGGCUUCGUAAGAAGCAUUUCAAGGUCCUGGAGUGGCCUAGCCAGUCUCCAGAUCUCAACCCCAUAGAAAAUCUUUGGAGGGAGUUGAAAGUCCGUGUUGGCCAGCGACAGCCCCAAAACAUCACUGCUCUAGAGGAGAUCUGCAUGGAGGAAUGGGCCAAAAUACCAGCAACAGUGUGUGAAAACCUUGUGAAGACUUACAGAAAACGUUUGACCUGUGUCAUUGCCAACAAAGGGUAUAUAACAAAGUAUUGAGAAACUUUUGUUAUUGACCAAAUACUUAUUUUCCACCAUAAUUUGCAAAUAAAAUCAUAAAAAAUCCUACAAUGUGAUUUUCUGUUUUUUUUUCCUCAUUUUGUCUGUCAUAGUUGACGUGUACCUAUGAUGAAAAUUACAAGCCUCUCUCAUCCUUUUAAGUGGGAGAACUUGCACAAUUGGUGGCUGACUAAAUACUUUUUUUCCACACUGUAGUUUACCAAUAAAAUGGUCUGAUGGUGAUGCUCGGAAAACAUAUCCCAAAUGAAAUAAAUGAUCUCACUCCAAUACAUUUUAAUAGAAAGUUAGCAAAAAUAUUCUUGCUACUAUGGAAAGGUAAAUACCUGUCAAUUUGUGGAAAAAUCACCCUGAUUAACUCUUUAGUAUUAUCCCAGUUUACCUAUUUGCUCAUGGUCUUGCCUACGCCUAGCGAACAGUUUUUUAAAUUCUAUGAGAAAAAUAUAUAAAAUUUUAUUUGGAACGGCAAGCCAGACAAAAUUAAAUGGGCCUAUUUAUAUAAUUAAUAUGAAUUCGGAGGACAGAAAUUAUUAAAUAUUAAAGCAUAAGACCUAUCACUAAAAGCUUCAGUCAUACAAAAGUUAUACUUAAAUCCGAACUGGUUCUCUAGCAAAUUAGUAAAAUUGUCUCACCCAAAAAAGGAUAUGUGUGUGUGUAUGGAUGUAUGCAUGUAUAUAUAUAUGUGUGUGUAUGUGUGUGUAUGUAUGUGUAUGUGUGUAUGUGUAUGUAUGUAUAAGUGGGGGAAAAAAGUAUUUAGUCAGCCACCAAUUGUGCAAGUUCUCCCACUUAAAAAGAUGAGAGAGGCCUGUAAUUUUCAUCAUAGGUACACGUCAACUAUGACAGACAAAUUGAGAAUUUUUUUUCCAGAAAAUCACAUUGUAGGAUUUUUAAUGAAUUGAUUUGCAAAUUAUGGUGGAAAAUAAGUAUUUGGUCACCUACAAACAAGCAAGAUUUCUGGCUCUCACAGACCUGUAACUUCUUCUUUAAGAGGCUCCUCUGUCCUCCACUCGUUACCUGUAUUAAUGGCACCUGUUUGAACUUGUUAUCAGUAUAAAAGACACCUGUCCACAACCUCAAACAGUCACACUCCAAACUCCACUAUGGCCAAGACCAAAGAGCUGUCAAAGGACACCAGAAACAAAAUUGUAGACCUGCACCAGGCUGGGAAGACUGAAUCUGCAAUAGGUAAGCAGCUUGGUUUGAAGUAUUCAACUGUGGGAGCAAUUAUUAGGAAAUGGAAGACAUACAAGACCACUGAUAAUCUCCCUCGAUCUGGGGCUCCACGCAAGAUCUCACCCCGUGGGGUCAAAAUGAUCACAAGAACGGUGAGCAAAAAUCCCAGAACCACACGGGGGGACCUAGUGAAUGACCUGCAGAGAGCUGGGACCAAAGUAACAAAGCCUACCAUCAGUAACACACUACGCCGCCAGGGACUCAAAUCCUGCAGUGCCAGAUGUGUCCCCCUGCUUAAGCCAGUACAUGUCCAGGCCCGUCUGAAGUUUGCUAGAGUGCAUUUGGAUGAUCCAGAAGAUGAUUGGGAGAAUGUCAUCUGGUCAGAUGAAACCAAAAUAGAACUUUUUGGUAAAAACUCAACUCGUCGUGUUUGGAGGACAAAGAAUGCUGAGUUGCAUCCAAAGAACACCAUACCUACUGUGAAGCAUGGGGGUGGAAACAUCAUGCUUUGGGGCUGUUUUUCUGCAAAGGGACCAGGACGACUAAUCCGUGUAAAGGAAAGAAUGAAUGGGGCCAUGUAUCGUGAGAUUUUGAGUGAAAACCUCCUUCCAUCAGCAAGGGCAUUGAAGAUAUUCUGAUAGAAAAUGAACGACUUCUGUAUGCCUGUAUCUGUAUAGCACUAGUAGCCUAUCUGACAAGUAUAAAGAAAUCCAUGUCAAUGUCGGGAACAUGGCGCCAGCAUAUCUCUAUCUUUCUCUCGGUCUAUCUGAGGCUAGGCCUAAACUUGGCCCCCCUAAUAUUUGUUUUUUAAAUAUAAAUAUCAUACAGUGGACACCUAGGCUAUGCGUACAGUAUAUGCUUGCAAUGCCCUGAUACAUUUAGCACUAAAAUCUCUGACAGCUAAACCAUGAGGUAGACAAUUAUUGUUUUAGGAAAGUAAAAACCAAUAAAACAACAGACUAUAAAGUUUUGAAUUUGCUACACAUCGAAACACAAUGAAUAGUUUUUUUCUUAUUUCUUAGUGGCAGUGUUUAACCUCUACAGGAUCGAUGUUCCUAUACCAGGACAAUUGUUGCUAAUGUGCGCUAAUGUGACUAGAAUGACGUUGUAAGUAACAGCAAACUUUCCAGGACAUAGACAUGUCUUAUAUGGUCAGAAAGCUUAAAUCUAACUGCACUGUCCAAUUUACAGUAGCUAUUACAGUGAAAAAAUACAAUUUUUAUAUUCAAAUGUAGGAACUGGGUUCUACAGUUUGAACCCCUGCUGUCUCUGGCUCCACACCCACCCCGCCCGGCCAUCUAGAUGUGUGAAAGUUAGUAUAUAAGCUAAUGAUCCAUCAUGUAUGACAUUCCUGGGAGUGUGUAAACUUACAUUUUGUAUUACCAUAUCAUUUUUGUAUGUUCUCUAUAGUUAUGUACUUGAAAAUGUAUCAAUUGACCAAUUCGGCACAUUUGGGCAGACUUGAUACAAAAUAUUGUGCAGUAUUGCAAUGCUUCACUGGAUCAAUCUGAAACUUUGCACACACACUGCUGCCAUCUCGUGGCCAAAUUCUAAAUUGCGCCUAAACUCCUAUAUGAUAUUAUGGCCUUUCUCUUGCAUUUCAAAGAUAAUGGAACAAACAAAUAAAUAGAAAACCGCUCAGAGAUUUACCGAUUCCUUUAUGAUGCUUCUGGGAAACCAGGCCCUGGACAAUAAAUAAUGUGAGAGAAAACAUAUUACAUUUGAAGCGCAAAUUACAUGACCUUUUGCAUGUGGAAAUGUUGUAUGAUUUUGUAUAAUCACCUCCCGGUGUAAAAACCAUGGAAAUUAAAAACUAAAAAUAAUGUUUUAAGUGAGAAGUAGGGAUAGGUCUGAAGCUCCCCGAAAAAAAGGAAAUUCACAUGAGCGCCACAAUGCCUACUCCACCCAUGCUCUACCAAGGUUUUCCAGCCACACAGCUUUGAUCUACUACAGUAGCUACAGUGCAUUCGGAAAGUAUUCAGACCCCUUCCCUUUUUCCACAUUUUGUUACGUUACAGCCUUAUUCUAAAAUGGAUUUAAAAAAAAAAUCCUCAUCAAUCUACACACAAUACUCCAUAUUGACAAAAAAUAAAACAGGUUUUUAGAGAAAAAACAGAAAUACCUUAUUUACGUAAGUAUUCAGACCAUUUGCUAUGAAACUCGAAACUGAUCUCAGGUGCAUCUUGUUUCCAUUGAUCAUCCUUGAGAUGUUUCUUCAAAUUGAUUGGAGUCCACCUGUGGUAAAUUCAAUUGAUUGGACAUGAUUUGGAAAGGCACACACCGGUCUAUGUAAGGUCCCACAGUUGACAGUGCAUGUCAGAGUAAAAACCAAGCCAUGAGGUUGAAGGAAUUGUCCGCAGAGCUCCGAGACAGGAUUGUGUCGAGGCACAGAUCUUGGAAGGGUAACUAAAAAUGUAUGUAGCAUUGAAGGUCCCCAAGAACACAGUGGCCUCCAUCAUUCUUAAAUGGAAGAAGUUUGGAACCACCAAGACUCUUCCUAGAACUGUCCGCCUGGCCAAACUGAACAAUCGGGGGAGAAGGGCCUUGGUCAGGAGGUGACCAAGAACCCGAUGGUCACUCUGACAGAGCUACAGAGUUCCUCUGUGGAGAUGGGAGAACCUUCCAGAAGGACAACCAUCUCUGCAGCACUCCACCAAUCAGGCCUUUAUGGUAGAGUGUCCAGAUGGAAGCAACACCUCCGUAAAAGGCACAUGACAAACUACUUGGAGUUUGCCAAAAGGCACCUAAAGGACUCUCAGACCAUGACAAACAAGGUUCUCUGGUCUGAUGAAACCAAGAUUGAACUCUUUGACCUGAAUGCCAAGCGUCACGUCUGGAGGAAACCUGGCACCAUCCCUACGGUGAAGCAUGGUGGUGGCAGCAUCAUGCUGUGGGGGUGUUUUCAGCGGCAGGGACUGGGAGACUAAGCACACAGCCAAGACAACGCAGGAGUGGCUUCGGGACAAGUCUCUGAAUGUCCUUAAGUGGCCCAGCCAGAGCCCGGACUUGAACCCGAUCGAACAUCUCUGGAGAGACCUGAAAAUAGCUGUGCAGCUAUGCUCCUCAUCCAACCUGACAGAUCUUGAGAGGAUCUGCAGAGGAGAAUGGGAGAAACUCCCCAAAUACAGUCAGGGAAAAAAGUAUUUGAUCCCCUGCUGAUUUUGUACGUCUGCCUACUGACAAAGAAAUGAUCAGUCUAUAAUUUUAAUGGUAGGUUUAUUUGAAUAGUGAGAGACAGAAUAACAACAAAAAAAUUCAGAAAAACGCAUGUCAAAAAUGUUACAAAUUGAUUUGCAUUUUAAUGAGGGAAAUAAGUAUUUGACCCCUCCGCAAAACAUUACUUAGUACUUGGUGGCAAAACCCUUGUUGGCAAUCACAGAGGUCAGACGUUUCUUGUAGUUUGCCACCAGGUUUGCACACAUCUCAGGAGGGAUUUUGUCCCACUCCUCUUUGCAGAUCUUCUCCAAGUCAUUGGUCUUGUAGCCCAUUCCAGCCUUGUGUACGUCUACAAUCUUGUCCCUGACAUCCUUGGAGAGCUCUUUGGUCUUGGCCAUGGUGGAGAGUUUGGAAUCUGAUUGAUUGAUUGCUUCUGUGGACAUGUGUCUUUUAUACAGGUAACAAACUGAGAUUAGGAGCACUCCCUUUAAGAGUGUGCUCCUAAUCUCAGUUUGUUACCUGUAUAAAAGACACCUGGGAGCCAGAAAUCUUUCUGAUUGAGAGGGGGUCAAAUACUUAUUUCCCUCAUUAAAAUGCAAAUCAAUUUAUAACAUUUUUGACAUGCGUUUUUCUGGAUUAUUUUGUUGUUAUUCUGUCUCUCACUGUUCAAAUAAACCUACCAUUAAAAUUAUAGACUGAUCAUUUCUUUGUCAGUGGGCAAACGUACAAAAUCAGCAGGGGAUCAAAUACUUUUUUCCCUCACUGUAUUUUUGCUUCGUCAUUAUUGGGUAUUGUGUGUAGAUUGAUGAGGGAAAAAAACGAUUUAAUCCAUUUUAGAAUAAGGCUGUAAAGUAACAGAAUGUGGAAAAGGUCAAGGGGUCUGAAUACUUUCCGACUGCACUGUAUGUUGGUCUAUUGCAGGGUUUCCCAACCUCGCCGCCCCCCCCCCCCCCCCCCCCCCCCCCCACUCCGUCUGCUAAAUGACUAAAAUGUAAAAAAUUUAAUAAUGAGUUGGUUAUUUGAAUCAGCUGUGUAGUGCUAAAGGCAAAAACCAAAAGUACCCUGGUCUAUUGUACUUCAAACAAUGUGUAUGCAGGUUGCUUAGAAAAAAAAUGCAAAUACACAUAUAACUUUAAGCUACAUAUUCAUUUGACAGGGGUAAUGAACUGCCCAUUGAUCAGCACAGCAAUUGAUAAAACAGGACCAUGUUUGCAAACCAAUUGUUUUUUAGCUUAUGUCAAUAUUACAGAGGUAAACUAACAUUUCAUGAUGAUUAAUGAAAUCUAUACCUGUUUCUAUAGACCUCUUGUUGUUGACCUGUUGUUAUGUUGGCCACCUACUGACCAAUACAGAUGUUAGGAGAUAUGUUUGUUUCUCAAUGACAUGUAUUGUUAAAAAAAGGUUUAAGGAAAUACAAGCAAGCACCACAUUACUACAAGACAAAACAGCUCGCUCAAUCAAGCAUGAUGGUAUUGUAAGUCUAAAAGCAAAGCUUGCGUUCAUAUAAUUAAAAAAGCUUGAAAGGGUAGUGGAAUGGGAUUAGUGUGGUGUGUGAAGAAUCCAAUACUUUAACUUGUAUGCGGUGCAAAUCACAUUAUUGUGGGAGCACCUCCAAGAGUAUGAAUUAGGCUGUUUGAGAAGGUUUGGAUCCUAAGCAACAUUGUUUGAAGUACAAUAGCUACUGUUGGAGGUCAAAGCUGUGUGCUGCAAAACCUUGGUAGAGCAUGGGUGAGGAGCCAUUGUGGUGCACAUGUGAAUUUCCUUUCUUUUUCGGCUUCAGAACAAUCCCUACUUCUCACUUAAAAUGAGUUUUUUGUUUUUAAUAUAUAUUUACACGCUAUGAGGUUGGAAUAAUAUUGUGAAAUUGUGAAAAUUAUGAUAAUGCACUUUUAGUGUAAGAGCUGUUUGAAAAGACCAAUAACAGUGAGAGUUUGCCCACCUUUCAGCCAAUAACAGCUAGUUUCCAUGUUACACAUCCCUCCCAUUAGGAUCCUCCAAUUAGGCCCGUCUCUCAGACCACUCCCAGACAGUCCUAGCAAAAUUCUUGCUUGAGAAAUAGCAGUUUGCUUUCUUUCUCUGACUUCCUCUCCCUCUUUCUCUCUCUCUGCCUACUCCCUCUCUCUGCAUUCUCUCUCUCUCUCUCUCUCUCUCUCUCUCUCUCUCUCUCUCUCUCUCUCUCUCUCUCUCUCUCUCUCUCUCUCUCUCUCUCUCUCUCUCUCUCUCUCAAUCAUUAUCUUUCUCAGUUGCAGUGUGUGUGUGGGUGCCAGCAGUGCUGUCAGUAGCUCUGUGUGACUGACAUAUAGAUCUACAGAGGAGAGGCGUGUGUCUGCUGCUGACAGCUGUUCACAACACACUCUCUACAUUACUCUGUCACUGGGCUGUCACUACAGUCUAAACAAGCCUUUAUACCUUCUCACUCUCUCUCUCUCUCUCUCUCUCUCUCUCUCUCUCUCUCUCUCUCUCUCUCUCUCUCUCUCUCUCUCUCUCUCUUUCUUUUGUGUGCUCCAUCUCUCUCUUUCUCUUGUGUGCUCUCUCUCUCUCUCUCUCUCUGUUAGCUCUCUCUCUCUCUCUCUCUCUCUCUCUCUCUCUCUCUCUCUCUCUCUCUCUCUCUCUCUCUCUCUCUCUCUCUCUCUCUCUCUCUCUCUCUCUCGCUCUGUGAUUUAUCUGUGUUGUGUGCUAUGUCAACAGCGUCCGGUCCUUGUUGUAAUUGGUAGGGAUGGGGUGUUAAAAGGAUAGGUUUUUCAUGGUUGAUCAAAAACAGUCGAGGCAAAAUGAAUGUUGCUAACAGCCAGGCAUCCCAUCUGUUCCAUUUGUCAUUUACACGUGAAGUGUAGAAAGAAAGCGAUACCGAUAAUCAGUAUACUAUACUUUUUGGCUAAGUCUAUGGGUAACUGCUUUUGUGUUUUCUUUUUGAAAUUAUGUCAAUGCUUUGAUAUCUUACAUUGUAUAUAUUGUGAAGAGUAAAUUGGUGCAUUUCAACAUGACUAAUAUCAAUCAAACUCAAUCAACCAAUUCAUUAAUGAUUCCUCUCUCUCUGUCUCCAGGUGCAGAUGUGACGGAACCCAACAGCUCAGACAGUCGCGGAGAACGCCUCGACUUUUUCCUCAAACAGGAAGCGGCUCUGGCAGCGAGCGAGGCCAACUUCCUGGGUGCUAGCGAAUCAGAUGAUGCCGGAGGUGGGACCGGGGGCAGGACUACCCCAUUGGUAGCUAAUCUGAGGGCAGCGUUGAUGAGUAAAAACAGCCUGCUGUCGCUACGGGCUGAGAUGCUGGGAGACGAUAACCCUCUACUGUUUGAGUACCUGCCCAAAGGAGGACACUCCCUCUCACGUAAGUUACUGUUAUAGUACAUGACACACACAUACACACCACACUCCACUCUAUAACUGCUGUUCGAGUGUCACACAAUACCACUGAUAUAGAAUCACCAUUCUCUUGUUGGCUUUUGUGAAUUUUGUUUUGGUGUGUAUGUAUGCUUGCGUGUGUGCGUGUGUGCUGUGUGUGCAUGUGUUCAGUAUGUAACAGGUCUGUGUGAUGGUGCGAGAGAGGAUUACUCAGUUGUGACUCAGUGAGAGAACAUUGUGCUGGGAUGGCUCCCGGGUGUGUGAGAAAAUAUUUGCUGGAUUUCUUUGCCGGAUUGUGUGUGUGGUUUCAUACAACAGGGUUUAGCCAUGUUCAUCUGUGUGAAUUUGUGAGUGAGUGAAUGAUGUAAGGCUUUGAGGAUGGCCUUCCCCUACCCUCCACCUUGUUCUAAAUAUAUCAUGAUGCAAGUAAUUGGUAUGAUAAAAGCUUUUAAAUCAUCAACUUACAUUUCCCACUCACUGCGCCUCUCCGUUAAGUUAUUUUGGACCAUUGGAAUAUAUCUCCCAGUGCAUAUUUGUGUGUGUGUGCGUGUGUGUGCGUGCGUGUGUAUGUUUUAUUUCUCUGUUUUCCUUGGCUGGUAAUUGUCUCCUUUGUGCUGAGUUGUUUCUUUCUUUGUUUGGGGGAGACAGAGAAAGGAGUCCAACUCUAAACCUCGUCAUGCCCUUUUUGCUUCACUACAAUAGGACUGGAGACUGGGGCUUUGACUGAAUGGACCCCCUCCCCCCGCCCACACACACACACACAUACACACACACUCACACACACACUGUUUAGUGUGCCAGAGUAAGAUGUCUCUGUUGGUUUGCUUAAAGUGGAGAGACUGAGGCCCUGUCACAGACUGCCUCUUAUCUGACAGGCCCUUACGAAAGGAAGAGGCCUAAAUCAGACACACACAAAUCAUUUAAUAUAAGGGAAAAGGGGGGUAAUAGUUCAAAAUAGUUCUACAAGCAAAGAAUCCUCAAUCCCAUUCAUGUGGACCCUUAACAUACCAGAAUAUCCAUAUUCAUCAGCUCUCUCUAUUCUUCCUUUGGCAUCUCUGUUCAGUAUUACACACACACAUGCGCGCGCACACACACACACACACACACACACACACACACACACACACACACACACACACUAACACACACACACACACUAACACACACACACACAGUGGUGGAAGAAGUACCCAAUUGUCAUACUUGAGUCAAAGUAAAGAUACUGUACCUUAAAGCGUUAAUCAGCAGUUAAAACAAUAACAAAGAGUUCUGCCCGCUCCUGUUUCAGUAAAAAGCUGAGGGUUGGUGCUAGGGAAAUGUAACCACUCUCAAAUUCAUAGACAGAGCUAUGGAAGCAAGGACUGACCAUCCAUGAUAUAAACAUUAUAGUUUUAACCAUGUUUUGAGGAUAUAUAGUGUUUGUUUACAUGUACUUUGUUUACAAACAUUGGAGUAAAACAAUCUUAUAUUUUCGGUUCUGAUGGGGUUUGACAAUUAUAUUCUUUAAGAAUCAAUGGGUACAAAAAUGGAUGUAACAACUGCAGAUUACCUCUUUAAUAGAAAAUGUCACCCACUAAAAUCUCAAAAGUAUCUGGUUUUAAAUAUAAUUAAGUAUCAAAGUAAUAGCAAAUGCAAAAAUAUACUUCAGUAUCAAAAGUAAAAGUAAAUGCUAUAAAUCAUUUUUAAAAAAGAAAACAUGAACAUUUCCUUGUUUUUUAUUUAUUUAUUGAUAGCCAAGGGCACACUCCAACACUCAGACAUCAUUUACAAAUAAAGCAUUUGUGUUUAGUGAGUCCGCCAGAUCAGAGGCAGUAGGGAUGACCACGUGUUCUCUUGAAGUGUGUGAAUUAGACAAUUUUCCUGUCCUGCUAAGCAAUUGUGUGAAUAGGACCAUUUUCCUGUCCUGCUAAGAAUUCAGAAUGUAAUGAGUACUUUUGGGUGUGAUGGAAAAUGUAUGGGAGUAAAACGUAUAUAUACUGAACAAAAAUAUAAACACAACACAACAUGUUUCAUGAGCUGUGGUCCUCUGUAGCUCAGUUGGUAGAGCAUGGCGCUUGGAACGCCAGGGUAGUGGGUUCGAUCCCCGGGACCACCCAUACUUAAAAUGUAUGCACACAUGACUGUAAGUCGCUUUGGAUAAAAGCAUCUGCUAAAUGGCUUAUUAUUUAUAAAAGAUCCCAGAAGCUUAUUUUUCAAAAAUGUUGUGCAUAAAUGUGUUUACAUCCCUGUUAGUGAGCAUUUCACCUUUGCCAAGAUAAUCAAUCCACCUGACAGGUGUAGCAUAUGAAGAAGCUGAUUAAACAGCCUGAUCAUUACCCAGGUGCACAUUGUGCUGGGGACAAUAAAAGGCCACUCUAAAAUGUGCAGUUUUGUCACACAAUACAAUGCUACAGAUGUCUCAAGUUUUGAGGGAGCAUGCAAUUGGCAUGCUGACAACAGGAAUGUCCAUCAGAGCUGUUGCCAGAGAAUGUAAUGUUAAUUUAUCUACCAUAAGUCGUUUUAGAGAAUUUGGCAGUACGACCAACCAGCCUCACAACUGCAGACCACGUAUAACCACGCUAGCCCAGGACCUCCACAUCCGGCUUCUUCACCUGCGGAAUCAUCUGAGACCAGCCACCCGGACAGCUGAUGAAACUGUAGGUUUGCCCAACUGAAUAAUUUCUGCACAAACUGUCAGAAACUGUCUCAGGGAAGCUCAUCUGCGUGCUCGUCAUCCUCACCAGGGUCUUGACCUGACUUCAGUGGGCAAAUACUCACCUUCGAUGGCCAAUGGCACGCUGGAGAAGUGUGCUCUUCACGGAUGAAUCGCGGUUUCAACUGUACCGGGCAGAUGGCAGACAGCGUGUAUGGUGCUGUGUGGAUGAGCGGUUUGCUGAUGUCAAUGUUGUGAACAGAGUGCCCAAUGGUGGUGGUGGGGUUAGGGUAUGGACAGGCAUAAGCUACAGACAAUGAACACAAUUGCAUUUUAUCGGUGGCAAUUUGAAUGCAUAGAAAUACCGUGACAAGAUCCUGUUUCAGCAUGAUAAUGCACAGUCCCAUGUCGCAAGAAUCUGUACACAGUUCUUGGAAGCUGAAAAUGUCCCAGUUCUUCCAUGGCCUGCAUACUCACCAGAUAUGUCACCCAUUGAGCAUGUUUGGGAUGCUCUGGAUCAACGUGUACAACAGCGUGUUCCAGCUCCCGCCAAUAUCCAGCAACUUCGCACAGCCAUUGAAGAGUAGUGGGACAACAUUCCACAGGCCACAAUCAACAGCCUGAUCAACUCUAUGCAAAGGAGUGUUUGUAAGUCGCUCUGGAUAAGAGCGUCUGCUAAAUGAUGUAAAUUUAAAUGUAAAUGAGUGUGUCGCGUUGCAUGAGGCAAAUGGGGGUCACACCAGAUACUGACUGGUUUUCUGAUCCACGCCCCUACCUUUUUUUAAAGGUAUCUGUGACCAACAGAUGCAUAUCUGUAUUCCCAGUCACGUGAAAUCCAUAGAUUAGGGUCUAAUUAAUUUAUUUCAAUUGACUGAUUUCCUUACAUGAACUGUAACUCAGUGAAAUCUUUGAAAUUGUUGAAUUUAUAUUUCAGUGUAUUUUGGGAAUGUAGUGGAGUUGUCAAACAUAUAAAUAGUAAAGUAAAGUACAUAUACCCCCAAAAAUUAUUUAACCCUCCCGUUGUCCUAGGGUCAAAAUGACCCGCCACUGUGUUGAACCAACUUUAUUUAAUUUUUAUAUUUUUGGGAUCAUUUGUGAGAAGGGGGCAGUGAGACUUUAAAGAAAGUAUCACUGCCUCCUUCUCACAAAUGAUCCAAAAAAUAUAAAAAUUAAAUAAAGUUGGUUCAACACAGUGGCGGGUCAUUUUGUUUGAGACAGAGUUUGUUUGGAAAUACAAGUACUAUCAGCAUGUAUUUACAACUACUUCGAUUUGAUUUGAAGUGUAUUUUCAAGUACUAAUAAUUAACUCUUAGAAGCUGCACACAAUAUGCCUUGCAUUAAACUUAAAAUGAGAUAAGGGGACCCAAAACAACACAUUUUUGGAAAGAAAUUACAUUUUAUGGCAGUUUAUGUAAGGGUUUUUGAAAUGUAUUUGAAAAAAGUAUUUGAAAACACUUUCAAAUAUCAUUGGUAAAGUAUUUGGUAGACCUACUUCAAUUUUUCGAAUAGAAGUAGGUUAUUUGGACAGUGUAUUUGAAAAUACUCAAAUACAAAUACUUCUGCUUCGCCUCUCUCUCUCUCUCUCUCUCUCUCUCUCUCUCUCUCUCUCUCUCUCUCUCUCUCUCUCUCUCUCUCUCUCUCUCUCUCUCUCUCUAUUCCCCGAAACACUGCCCCCACAAACACACACACACACUGUUGUUUUACAUUGCACCUGGAUCUCUAUGGAAGUGUUACCUUGAUACACCUACUGUACAUGUGUGAAUGAGUGAGUGAGUGAUUUGGUCAUUCAAGGAUCCAACAAUACAUGCCCAAUGUCUUAUUCAGUUGUCAGAAACACUCUCGUAUACUGUUUAUGUGGUAGUGAUCAGGGUGGGUAACUCUGCCCAUCCUUUAUUUUCCUGACUAGACCAACCUGCGCUCCAGCUCUCCCUAAAAUGGAUGCUCUCAUAGACAGCUGAUCGAAAUCAGUAUUUUAUACUGAACAAAAUCAUUCGUCUUCUCAAACAUCACGCACGCGCACACACAUACAGACACUCACUCACUCGUCUGUCCUCUGUGCGCGCACGUGGGUGGAAGGAGAAGGAGAGGAUGAACGAAAAAAGAGAGAGAGAAAACAGAGAACCAACCCCUAACCCUUUCCUCCUGGUAGAGGAGAGGACAGCAAGUCUUUUUGUUCUUUCUUCCUCCUCUCCUCUGCUCUGCGCUGGGUUGGCUGUGGCGCUGCGGCUGCCUCCGUGUGCCCCCUUGCCCCCUCUCUCUCUGUGCUGCUGUUGUGUGGACGCAGCCAGCUGGUUGCAGUUUGUCCUGAGUGGGUGGGUGAGACUCGUUUCCUGUGCUCCUCAGGCCUCCACAACAACCACCACUACCAGCAGCAGCAGCAGCACCUCCACAGCCCAACACAACCAGGGGCCACAGCAGGAGCCGCAGGGGCCACAUUUGAUAGCAAACAAGGGGCUGCUUCGUCCUCCUCUUCCUCCUCCUCUCCUUUUCUCCUCCCACCUCCUUUUCCACCGCCCCCACCAUCCUCCCUCCGUCCGCCCACUGCCCCCCUGCAGCCCUCCGAGGCCAGGCCCCUGAUGGCCCCUGGGUUGCGGCCUGGGGGACCCCUCGUAGCGCUCCACUCACACUCACAGGGGCUGGCUGUGGAUGAAGAAGAGGCCCUAGAGGGCCCCGAGCCCUUCUCCCCCCCACCAGAGGUAAGCAGAAACAUCGAUGUUCACCCCUGGUGGAAGUUGGCCCUUCAGGCACUGAUCUAGGAUCAGCUUAUCCUCACUAGAUUAUAACCUUAACAAUGAGGAGGAUGAAUGUAAACAUGACCUGAGAUCAGUGUCCAGGGGCAACUUCAACCUUCUCCUUCUGGUUAUACCCUGGGGGUAGGGGUGGGGUUGGUGGGGGGUUGUAUACCCCUGGGGGUCAUAUCUCAACCCUUCCCCCAACCCCUCUACUAUUAUGUAUGUUUCUUCACUCUAGUCUAGCUGACUGUGUGUGGAAUUUGUUGUAUUUCCUGUUUUUGUUACCUGUGUUAUUAUUACUGGUGAUAUCUGUUUGUCCUUACAACAUGUCUGUCCAACCUGCUUCUUCUUGUCCAUGUGGCUUUGUUUUUGUCAUGUGUUCCUUUCUCUUUUCCUCUUUCAACUUUACGUUUUUGUAUUUUUUAUUUCAUUUAAUUAACUAUCUUAACAUAAGCACAUACAGUACAUCUAGAACCUAUAUUGCAUACAACUAGCCCAGAGUAGGGAGUAAUAUUAAUAGAUGUGACAUCACUUAGGCUAUAAACGUGACAUGUAAUUUGACUUGAGAGCACCAGUGCCGAUCAGAUAAUAUAUUGAAUGGCACACAUGGUUACAACUGUAUCGUUGUUUCAAGUCCAAUGCACUCAUUUGAGUGGUGUGCAUCACGAGAAAAGUCAUUUGUAUAAUUUUUACUUCUCCUGUGAGAACCAUUAGCACAGGCAAGUCUGAUUAGGCUUCACUGUACCACAGCCUCUGCCAUAGAAACACAUGGAGCAUGGCUUUGUGUCCGUGAUUGCACCUUUACUAUGCAGAAAACCACUCAUCUCUAGCCCAAACCGUUGAAAAGUAAAGAACCAUUUUACCGAAACAAAAAAUAUUUCUAGAGGAUUCGCCGGACUCUUUUAAAGGGGUACAAACACAUUAAUCAUCAUGAGUAAGGAAUUAUGAAAAUAGUUCAAAUAAACCCUAUUUAAACUAUAAAAAACGUUUGUCACAGAAAAUAGAUGGUUUGCAGUAUUAGAUUAGAUGGAGGUCAUUACCACUAAAUCAAUUAAUAGGAACAUUUUAGGUGUUCAGCGGGAUUUUCAAUCCCAUCAAGGUGUGCCACAGUUCAAACAAGGUUGGGAACCACUGCUAUAGAUGGUUUGGAUAACAUAACAGUUUUGGGACUGAAUAGAAUCAAUAUCUCUAGACAACAAGAGGGUCGCACUGAGACCGCAGGAAAUUGCCUGCUCCAUUCUGCCACUGUGUGUGUGUGUGUGUGUGUGUGUGUGUGUGUGUGUGUAUGUGUAGAAGCAGCAUUUGGUUUCAGUGGACCUCCCUCCCUACAAGCCUCCAUAUCUCUGUGGACAAGCCAUCUGUUUGCCCAGUGCAUGGUGUCUGUUCUUAAGGAAGCAGGGAGGGAUGGAGAGUGGAUGUGGAGGAGGGGUAUGCUUUAGUUUGGGGAUGAAUACAAACACACACACACACACACCCAUGGGGAGUGGUCAUUGAACAAAAGUGCAUCUGUAACCCCCCUUUCCAGAGAUACGAGUAAAUAUUGAAUACCCUAUUGUCAUCUCCCUCAACCCCCUUUCUCUCUCUCUCUCGCUCUCUCCUUCCACCUGUUAUGUUACAUAAAAGGAGUAAAGGGUGAUUGUGUUACAAUGUCACACUGACCACAGACUAUAGCCCUUAGAUCGACAGAAGGACCACACCCAAACAUUGAUCUAUUUUUAAUCUCUGUUUGUAAUAGUGUUUUUGUUUAUUUGAGUUAUUAAUCCAUGUUAUUUAUUUCUUUGCUUUCUGACUUUUUCUCUCUUUAACAGUUUGUCUUCUUUAUGUGUCUUUUGUUUUGUCAAGAUGUGUGAAUUUUGUGUGUGUGUUUCUCUCUCUCUCUUUCUGUGUGAGUGCGUUCACAGCUUGCCUUGCCUGCAUGCCCAAAUAAUAUUCUUCGACACAGUACAUUUUAGAGCCAGGGUGCGUUUGUGUUAACUGUGUAUCCUGUGUUUUUAGGAGGAUAUGCAGGAUGAAAAAGAUUCUAAUCAGGGAUACAACAAAGGUAUGUAUGGUGCCUGACAUGUUAAUUUUAGAUGGCAUAUACAUUAUAAAAGUCCUUAGACCUCUAUUCAUAUUUUACCAUUGUCUCUGUAUAGCUAGGUUUUUAAAUGUUUAUACAGUACAAGUGGCAACAGUUCUCACAUUAUUAUCUCUUUCUCUUUUCUCUUUCUCUCCCACACUCUUUCUAUUUCUUCACUCUCUCCCUCUUCCUUCUCUCUCUCAAUGCUUUCUUCCCCCCUAUCUCUCUCUCUCUCUCCCUUCCUCCUCCUUCUCCUCCUCCUCUCUCUCUUAGUUCUGGAACAUGGCCCGUCUCCCAUGGAGGGGGAUCAGAUGGCUGAGGGGAGGCAUGGUGUGUCCAGGGAGGAGGUGUUGGAAGGUGGGGGGAGAGGGGCCCUGUCGGGGCCUCCUUGGCCCCAGAAGCUGGCUUGCUCCCUGUGCAAACGGCUGUUCAGCAGCCUGGAGCAGCUCAAGGAGCACGAGUACCGCCACACCCUGUCCCUCAUGGCCAUCUCCCUAGACUGGCCUGACCUGCAAGGCCCCCAAGCCAACCACCACCACAACCAGACUCAUGCAUUCUCUCAGGGACCCAUUCACUCGCAGUCUCUCUAUCACCUCCCGGUGGCUGAGCCUUUCCCAGCACGGUACCUCUGCUCCCAGUGUCCAGCCACCUUUACCCUCAAGUCCAACGCAGACCGACAUGAGAAGACCAUCCACUUCAAGAGGAAACUGAUGCAGUGCACCUACUGUCUGAAACAAUUCAGAGACCGUACUGAUCUACACAGACACCUGUCUUCCGUACACUCGAGAGAAAGAGGGCACUCUUGCCCGGCCUGUGCCAAGGCGUUCAGUACCCAGAAGAACCUGGCCACGCAUGUCAAGGUGUGCUGCCAGAUGGGGGUGGAAGUAGGGUCAUGGAGAAGGGUCGGCAUGGGGGUGGGGCAGGGUGGGGUUGCCAAGCAACUGUGGGGCUUGCAUCAUGAGAUGAAGGCAGACGCCCAUAGCAACCAUAAUAUUCAUCAUCACCAUGUGAAUGUGGUCGAUUGAGCUUGGAGGCAUACAAAGAUAUAGAGAGUAAACACACACGACCACGCACACACACACACACACACACACACACAUACACACACAAACACAAACACGCUAUACAUGCCAAUUAAUGACCUGUGGUGUCACUUCCUCCCUAAACCCAUAGAGUCCCAUUGGAUGAGAGUAGAUCUGAGCUGGGCGCCCCAUAUAGGUUAUAUGUAAGAGCACUGGUAUAUUUUCUACAGCCUGUGUAAUAUUUGUAAGUAUUUGUACAUUUAUAAGAUUAAAGACUGAUCUUUCAAAUACAUUUUGGUUUUUACAUAUGGGCCUAUAUUUUUGAGAAGCCUUUAGGCAUCUUUUUAAAAAGCAUUAUUAAUAUGCAAAGUUACCGGUGAAAAUGUACUGUAACUCCUCACCUGAGUUCCAGCUUUGUUUUAAUAUAUAUAUCAAUAUGUUUGUGCGUGUUAGUCUGUCUGUUUGUCAUUCUGUCACUUGUUUAUGGAGUUGACAUUGUUUGAAUGAUUAGGGGUACUCAUUUCGCUGAUGAUAUGGUGCUGUUGUUGGAAAUAGCUCUGGGUAGAAUAAGGUCUAGGAUCAGCUUACAGUACCUUUCUUAAAUCCUCAUCGUAACCAUUAACACAAAACUGACUUUAGUGGAGUGUCUAUGGGGAACAUUGUUCUUCUACUUGUGCUUGUGGUGUUGGUUCUAUCCCACUGUGUUGCCAGUCAGGGCUCAGCCUAGGCCCUCUUCUCCAUAUUAGGAGAUAUGUAUCUCUAAUUCUUUACUUCUCACUAAAACUGCUCAGAAACUGACUAUGAGCCGCCACAAAUCAGCACCACCUGCAGGUAAUCCUAUUUACGACACAUUCACUGUCAGUGUUCAUACUGCACACUAUGAUCAGAGGUUGGCUUAUCUAAUCUGAAACAAUGUUACAAUCAUCUGUUUUAACCUUUAUUCCAGUCAGGAAGUCUUACUGAAACAACACAUCUCAGAUGUAAAAAAAAAAUAAAAAAUAAAAAAAGAGGACGGUCUUACAUUCAGAGCAGGCCUACAAUAAGUACAAAUGUGACAGAUACAACAGCCCUUAGGGGGUAACGUUUACCCAAAUCGUCUUGCACUAAAGUACACCUAAAUGGAUUUGAGGAUAGAGGUAUCACUCUAUGUUUUGGCACAAUUUCCUCUCCUUCAUCUGCUCUGGUGUGAACCAACUGGACUGGUGAAAGCAGGUGUCUGUGAAGGCGUUUGACAUUUUCCUACAUUUGGCCUGUGUUGGCCUGUGUUGUUUUCUAAUCAGUGCAGAUGAAGGAGCACCAAGCAAUUUAAAACAACAGAGACGCGCUGGUGGGAUGUUGGGGUGGGGUUAGGGUCGUUCCAAGUCCCUUUCUCUCUGUGCGCUGCGCCCAAUCCUCCUAACCCCCUCUAUAAGCCCAGCUGAAGGAGAAUAGUAGUUGGCUCUUCUUAGCUCCAGCCUUUAUUGACCUAAGACUCCUCAUAUAAAGAGGAAGUGGGCGGAGGAGGUGCAUGACCUCUCUGACCUGAAAAGAAUGGAUAGAGAGAGAGAGAGAGAGAGAGGAGACGAGAGCAGAGAGGAGAGUUAGGAGAGACGACGAGAGAGAGAUAUGAGAGAGAGAGUAGAGAUGCAGAGAGAGAGAGAGAGUAGAGAGAGGAGAGGAUGAGAGAGAGAGAGAGAUGAGAGGAGGAGAGAGAGAGAGAGAGAGAGAGAGAGAGAAUAUGGGAGAGGGAGAGAGAAGAGUAGAGGUUGGAUGGUGUGGUCAGAGAGGGGCAGACUGUCCAUUGUAACACAGUCUGUGGUUGAUGUACAGGGAGUAAUGUUUGUGAAUGGCAGGGUGGGACUGAAAACUAGGCCAAACCUAUCACUUACUGUAUCUUAACUGGAAUUCCUUAUAGACUGUUUGUCUUCCUCCUGCUUGCUACGAUUUGAAAACAAGGGGCAUGCGUUUUGAAUGUAUAAUUUGGUUGGUGGAUUGAUGCUAUUUUGAGUAACUGAAUUGUUGAACCACAAAGCGCUCUCUCUCUCUCUCUCUCUCUCUCUCCUCUCUCUCUCUCUCUCUCUCUCUCUCUCUCUCUCUCUCUCUCUCUCUCUCUCUCUCUCUCUCUCUCUCUGUGUGUGUGGCUGGUGGUCCUUAAGGACUUAAAUAUGUCACAGUGUUUGAGUGGUCUGACUUAAAUGCUUUCUUGCCAUAAAUGUUACUCUCUGAGAGCUAGGACUCCUAAAGCCCAGCUAACAACAAACGUUCCCACAACUUUAGAGAACGUUCCCUUAAGAGUCUCAUUAGGCUAUCAACGUCACUCAAAACAUACACAGAACAUGGUUACCAUGUUCUCAGAAUAUAAGAGAUUAAUGUUCUAGACACGUUUCAUGGGAAUGUUGCAAGAACAUUCAUGUGUCCAGUUUUCUGAGCGUUAGGAUAAAAUGUUAUCAAUGUCACACCAAACAUACACAUAACAUGGUUGCCAUGUUCUCAGAAUAUAGAUAUUAAUGUUCUAGACACGUUUCAUGGGAACAUUGCAAGAUCAUUCCUGUGUCCAAUUAUUAAACAUAGGACGUUCUGUCAUGGUCCCCUGGAGGUUUUUGUCUAGUUCUCGCUUGUUCCAGGGAUGUCCCUAAAGACGUUUUUAGGACGUCGCCUGAAGGUCCCAAAGAUACGUUCUCCGAAGAAUAAAAACAUGUUUCUUUACACACCACCCCUUGUUACUGUUGCAGAACCCGUCAAAGCCCUGAUUGGUGAACCACUGAUCCAUUCAAAGCUCUUUGUCUGUUGGCAAGGUUAGGGACACACACAGUGCUUUUAAAGAUCGGAAUACUGUGAACCAAAAGGUUGUGAGUUUAAAUCCCAGGUGGAGACAUAUUGAAUAGUAAUUACUGUAUAAAUUAACAUGCACAAUGUAAUCAUGUAUGUCAAAUAUGUAAGUUGAAAGCACUUUGUGUUUGUGGGUGUUCCUAACCUUGCCAACAGACAAAGAGCUGCGAAUGGAUCAGUGGUUCACCAAUCAGUGCCUUAAUGCGCUUAGUAACAGUAACAAGGGGUGAUGUGUAAUGAAAUUUCGGAGAACGUCUCUUUGGGACCAUCAGGUGACAUCUUAAAGAUGUCACCGGAACAAGCCGGGAACUAGACAAAAACCUCCAAUGGACAAUGACAGAAUGUCCUGUGUUUAAUACGUCCUUGGGACAGCAAUGUUAUUGCAACGUUUUCAUGAAACUUUUCUUAUAUUCUGAGAACAUGGCAACCAUGUUCUGUAUAUGUUUAGUAUAGAAUGCAUGGAAUAUUCUCCUAACCUUAAAAAAACUGGACACAUGAAUGUUCUUGCAACGUUCCCACAAAAUGGUCUAGAAAAAGUAUAUAUUAUAUUCUGAGAACAUGGCAACCAUGUUCCGUGUAUGUUUGCUGUGACGUUGCUGGAAUAUUUCUCCUAACCCUCAGAAAACUGGACACAUGAAUGUUCUUGCAACGUCUCAUGAAAUGUGUCUAGAACAUUAAUAUAGGAUAUUCUGAGGACAUGGUAACCACAUUCUGGAUAAGUUAGUUUUGUUUGGCAUUAAGGGAAUGCUCUCCUAACUCUAACGCCAGAACAUGCUAAAUAGGGUCUCAGGAGGUUUUUGCUAACAUACAUAAAAUGCUCCCCUAACUAACAGAAAACUGGACACUCAAACAUCAGGGGAACAUUACGGGUAACAUUACAAAAAUGUUCUCUCUCCCUAGAAUUGUUAGCUGGGAAUAGCCCUCCUCCCACUUCCACUUCCUCAUUCUGAAAGUGUAUUUUUCUGGCUGUUUGACGUGACUGUAGUACAGAAGCAUGUCGUGUCCUAAUUUCAUGGAAGUGCAUCAACCAAUUAGCCAAUCAACCAACCACUCAAUCAAUCAAAUGUGGAUUCACACAGGACCUUUUACAAAUGCAUCUGACCAAAAAAGCAAGCAUUGUGUCAACCCCCAGAGAGCAAUGACAAUCUAAAGCUGUGUUUGUCAGUCCUGGUCAAUGUGUGUCCUGUCUGUACCCAUACUGUGAAUAUUACUCAAAGGGAAGAGCAGAGGGCCCUUCCAUGGAACUUUAGGGGCAUCAACCAUUAUGACUCUGGUCAAAAGCAGUGCACUCUACGGUGUCAUGCCCUGUAUGUCAUUUUGGUGUUUUCCACACAAACAGGUAUGAGAAUAGAGAAACAUGUUAAGUGGAAUUUGUCGUCUUGUUUAAGAAACUCAUCCCUGAUCUGGCUUAGAAAAAAACUCAGUCAAAUGUCAACCCCUAAAGACAUAGGGUCCCUUUUUUCAGGGAGAAUAACUCUACUGGGCUAUGGUCAAAACAAGAAAGCAGGCUCCUCUCAUGUGAAUCCAGACUGAUUACGAACCAGAUGGUAUUAGCCCUUUUUAUAAAGAGCAAAUUAGACUGAUUUCAGUUGCACUGUUGUUAUUUUGUUUUGUAAAGACAGGGUAUUUUAGACUGUAUUUUUGAAUAUUUUCAUUCCCAAAUAUACCCUUUUCUUAAUGUAUUUUUAUCAAGUUAGAUGACAUUUUCUGGUAGUUUGUAUUCUGUAAUCAAUAAACUGUGAAGGAAAACAUGUUUGGAUGUUGGGUCUGAUAAUCUUUUUGUUGUGUUUGAGUCCUGUAGUUAUGUAGAAAUAUACAGUACACACAAACUGUAUAAAAUCAUGCGUUUAACACACAUACGUUUUCCUUUCCUAAAUUGUCUUACAAGGUAAGUAAUAUGUAUCUGCAUACUGUAUGAGUAUGUAAAAGGCAUACUUUUGGUUGUAGAUAUAGACUAUGCUCCAUAGACUUUGAGUUACGGCCAUGUUUCCCAACCAAGUUAUGCCUAACAGUGUAAGGUUGGAUGAGGUGGUCAUAUUUUAUAUUCUGACUCCCUGAGCCGUUCUAAUGUCAGGUAACCAACAUGUGUGUCACACCCCCACUGGGUUGUAGAUAAAAUGUGUACUCUAUGUUCUUGUCUUACUUGGGGUUUGCUCCUCACCCAAUCUAUUAACCCACUGGGCACACUGGUUGAACCAACGUUGUUUCCAAGUCAUUUUAGUGAAAUCACGUUGAACCGAUGUGGAAUAGACGUUAAAUUUACGUCUGUCCCCAGUGGGACGCUUUUUGCCUUGACACAUUUAGUCAAAGUCCGGGUAAGACGCCUGUGCACACACACACACACACAUCCAUAAACACUAUAUAUCUGCUGGAGCAUCUACUUAACCUUUAGACUUUGAAUGAAUGGGCUUAGUGGAGGCUGGAGAAUAGGGCUCUCCAACACUGUUUCUGGAGAGCUAUGCCGUCCUGUAGGUUUUCCCUCCAACCCUAAUCUAGCGCACCUGAUUCUAAUAAUUAUCUGGUCGAUAAGCUGAAGGUCAGUUACAACUGGAGUUGGAGCGAAAACAUACAGGAGGGUAGAUCUCCAGGAACAGAGUUGGAGAGCCCUGCUGUAGAAGCUGAAUAGCAACAGGAUGGUAUUACAAUGAUGUACAUGAUGUACUGUCCCCCUUUUACCUGACUUCACCUCUGUAAGUAUCUAGCAAGUCCUCAACCUCACGUGUGUUGAUCUCUACAGUACCUGAUUCCUCCUGUGGUUUACCUGUUAUAUGCAAUGAGUAGAUACAUAGAGCUAUCAUAUGUUGCAAUCUCUCUCUAACAUCUCUCUACCCCUUUUACCUGACUUCACCUUUGUAUGUAUGUAUGUAUGCAAUUGGCCAUUGUUUUUUUUUACCUGACCUCACGUGUGUGUUGAUCUCUACCCAAUUCAUCCUGAGUUGAUCUAUUAUGUAAUGUGGAGAUGUAGCUUUAUUGUAGGCCUUUAUCCAAGCCUUACUGUAUUGUAAUGUUAUAUCUCUAUUUCUCUCUCUCUCUCUACCUGAGAUGUCUUCUUUGUGUGAUCCAAUAGACUAGUCACACUUCCUGAAUAAAGAAACCUCUUCUAGGGAGUAAACAGGAUGUUGUUGACUUGUUCCUGGUUGUUGUUGUUGAUGAUGUCUUGAGUUUGUCAUUGCCUUUGUUACCUUCCUGUUUAGACAGACUAGUUGCCAGGGAAACUGUAAGUUUGACUGACAUUUAGGUGGGCAUAGGGGUUGGUAAUACACUCUAAUGUUAAAUAUAGGUUGGCAGUGUUUUAUAAACCUGUGUCUUUGAUCAAUUGAAUCUGUCACUUAAAUUGCAUUUAUGGUAUUUUAUACAUCUAACUGAUGUAGACAUUUUAAAACUUUUGAAUGAACUUUAAAUGAACUGUGGUUUAACUCAAGUAGACUAGAUGCAAACUAAUCCGUCUCUCUUUCUCUCUCUCUCUCCACAGUGAAUGACUUCACAGUGAUCCGUAAGAAGUUUAAGUGCCCCUACUGUAGUUUCUCUGCCAUGCACCAGUGCAUCCUGAAGAGGCACAUGCGCUCCCACACAGGCGAGAGGCCCUACCCCUGUGAGAUCUGUGGCAAGAAGUUCACCAGAAGGGAGCACAUGAAGAGACACACACUGGUGAGUGCAGUGCAGUAGCAGACAGUCACCACCAGGGUGCAGCAGUGAGCUGAGUCACACACUGGCCAUGCUGUUCCCUUUAAAAAAACGCUUUUAGGCACAGGUCUAGGACCAGUUCAUCUUCUCUUAAUCCUAACUUUAAGUAUAUGGUGGGAAAACUGCUAGAUGUACCUUUGAAAAUCCAAGAAAAUCCAUUUUGCAAUGUCAGAUUAAGGCACUGUUGGAAGGACUACAAUGGUGCCGGAGGAGAUGGCUGCCGUUUUACAGGCUCGUAACCAAUUGUGCUAUUGUGUGUGUUUUUUCGCGUUAUUUGUAACUUAUUUUGUACAUAAUGUUUCUGCCACCAUCUCUUAUGACCGAAAAUAGUUUCUGGAUAUCAGAACAGCGAUUACUCACCUCGUACUGGAUGAAGAUUUUUCUUUAACGAGUCGGACGCAAAGGAUUUACUUCAGACACCGGACAAGGCCCAAAGCCCUGUCAUUCGCAUGAAGAAGAGACGGAGAUAUAGGGGACGUAGGUCGGGGUGCCUUGUAAGAAUCCGACGGUGUGUGGGUAACCCACCUCUACCUUCCAUACAGUUAGCCAGCGUGCAAUCAUUGGAUAAUAAACUGGAUGAGCUCCGAUCAAGACUAUCCUACCAACGGGACAUUAAAAACUGUAAUAUCUUAUGUUUCACUGAGUCGUGGCUGAACGACGGCAUGGAUAACAUACAGCUGGCUGGGUUUUCCAUGCAUCGGCAAGAUAGAACAGCUGCCUCCGGUAAGACAAGGGGUGGCAGUCUGUGUCUAUUUGUCAAUAACAGCUGGUGCACGAAAUCUAAUAUUAAGGAAGUCUCUAGGUUUUGCUCGCCUGAGGUAGAGUAUCUCAUGAUAAGCUGUAGACCACGCUAUUUACCAAGAGAGUUUUCAUCUAUAUUUUUCGUAGCUGUCUAUUUACCACCACAAACUGAUGCUGGCACUAAAACCGCACUCAAAGAGCUGUAUAAGGCCAUAAACAAACAAGAAAAUGCUAAUCCAGAGGUGGCGCUCCUAGUGGCCGGGGACUUUAAUGCAGGAAACUUAAAUCCAUUUGACCUCAUUUCUACCAGCAUGUUACAUGUGCAACCAGAGGGGAAAAAAACUGUAGUCCACCUUCCUGCUUACAAGCAAAAACUAAAGCAGGAAGUACCAGUGACUCACUCAAUACAGAAGUGGUCAGAUGACGCAGAUGCUAAGCUACAGGACUGUUUUGCUAGCACAGACUGGAAUAUGUUCCGGGAUUCUUCCGAUGGCAUUGAGGAGUACACCACAUCAGUCACUGGCUUCAUCAAUAAGUGCAUCGAUGACGUCGUCCCCACAGUGACCGUACGUACAUACCCCAACCAGAAGCCAUGGAUUACAGGCAACAUCCACACUGAGCUAAAGGGUAGAGCUGCCGCUUUCAAGGAGCGGGACUCUAACCCGGAUGCUUAUAAGAAAUCCCGCUAUGCCCUCCGACGAACCAUCAAACAGGCAAAGCGUCAAUACAGGACUAAGAUUGAAUCGUACUACACCGGCUCCUAUGCUCGUCGGAUGUGGCAGGGCUUGCAAACUAUUACAGAAUACAGAGGGAAGCACAGCCGUGAGCUGCCCAGUGACACGAGCCUACCAGACGAGCUAAAUGACUUCUAUACGCGCUUCGAGGCAAGCAACACUGAAUCAUGCAUGAGAGCACCAGCUGUUCCGGACGACUGUGUGAUCAUGCUCUCUGUAGCCAAUGUGAGUAAGACCUUUAAACAGGUCAACAUUCACAAGGCCGCAGGGCCAGACGGAUUACCAGGAAGUGUGCUCCAAGCAUGCGCUGACCAACUGGCAAGUGUCUUCACUGACAUUUUCAACCUCUCCCUGACCGAAUCUGUAAUACCUAUAUGUUUCAAGCAGACCAGCAUAGUCCCUGUGCCCAAGAACACUAACAACGAUGAGACAACCUAGGAGAAGGGAGGAGGUCAGAGACCUGGCAGUGUGGUGCCAGGAUAACAUCGAGAGCAUCCUGACUGGUUGCAUCACCGCUUGGUAUGGCAACUGCUCGGCCUCCGACUGCAAGGCACUACAGAGGGUAGUGCGUACGGCCCAGUACAUCACUGGGGCCAAGCUUCCUGCCAGGCGAUGUCAGAGGAAGGCCCUAAAAAUUGCCAAAGACUCCAGCAACCCUAGUCAUACUGUUCUCUCUGCUACCGCACGGCAAGCGGUACCGGAGCCCAAGUCUAGGUCCAAAAGGCUUCUUAACAGCUUCUACCCCCAAGUCCUAAGAGUGUUGAACAGCUAAUCAAAUGGCUACCCGGACUAUUUGCACUGAACCCCCCCCCCCCCCCCCCCCCCCCCAUUUUUACGCUGCUGCUACUCUCUGUUUAUUAUCUAUGCAUAGUCACUUUACCUCUACCUACAUGUACAUAUUACCUCGACUAACCUGUACUCCUGCACAUUGACUCUGUACCGCUGCCCCCUGUAUAUAGCCUCGUUACUGUUAUUUUAUUGUUGCUCUUUUAAUUAUUUGUUAUUUGUCUAUUUUCUUAUUUUUUACUUCAGUUUAUUUUAGUAAAUACUUUCUUAACACUUAUUUUUCUUUAAACUGCGUUGUUGGUUAAGGGCUUGUAAGCAUUUCACUGUAAGGUCUACACCUGUUGUAUUCGGCGCAUGUGACAAAUAAAAUGUGAUUUGAUUUUUGUUCCAUUUUGGCCCUAGCCCCCUCGCCUUCUGUGUUCACAGAUUUGAAAGUACUGGAUAAGUGAAAUUAAAUCUGAAAGCCAGAGCAGAGCAGGAUAUAGUACCACUCAGCUGCUGUGCUGUGCUCAGGGGAGAGGAGUUCAGAGAGCAGAGAAACAUCCACAAUGACUACAGGCCAGCCCAGCAGGAGUCAGGAAGAGACGAGAGGGGAGGAGGGGAGGGUUAAGGACUAUUACUGGGCUUGGCUUUGAGCUCCCACAGUUUUGCAAUGCCAGAGGAUAGCAUGUAGAGAGGCUUCGGCCAACAUCUGUGCUGGAUGCCAUGUUUCUGUAUUCUGGGUUAUUUCUGACAAUUAUUUGACAAUGCUGUCUCACUGUUGUUUGGCAAGACAACAAUUUGGCUUGAGCAGAAACAGGCUGACAAAUGUUGCUUCCUCUGAGCAUUCCAGUCUGUCCAACUCAGUUGGUAAGCUUGGUUUAGACUUCAGCAUUCUUAAGGAUAAAAGUAUAUGUGUGUAAAUUGUGUGUGUUAAUGAUGUGUGUGUCUCUCCUACAGGUCCACAGUAAGGAUAAGAAGUAUGUGUGUAAGAUCUGCAGCCGGGUCUUCAUGUCGGCAGCCAGUGUUGGAAUCAAACAUGGCUCCCGUCGCCACGGCGUCUGCGCUGACUGUUCCGGGCGGGGCAUGGCCGCGUUAUUGGACCACAACGGGGAAGUGGGCGGAGACGUCUCCCCCGAGGACGAGCUGUAUCCUGGCGACCACCGUUUCCAUGAUGACCAGACGGAGUGCGACGGUGACGGAGAGGGGGAGGAAGAGAUGAUGACGGAAGGGGAUGGAGAGAUAAUGGGAGAGGUGGAUGACGAGGGAAGGAAGUGGAAGGAUGACUCAGGGAUGAUGACGGAGGGAGACGGAGUGAUGGACAACGACAAGGAGGAGAGCUGUGACUCUGUGCCAGAGCGGGAGCAGCACAACGGGAGCGAGAAGGAUUUCUCCUGGAUCUCU